CUAGCAUACGUGCUUGCUAUUUGCCCACACUCCCCGCCCUGCUCCCCCGGCUGGGCCACGGAAGUCGUGCUAUUAGACGUGGCGGCGCUCGGUUCGUGCUGCUGACAGCCCUGGGCUGUGAUGAGGACACGGAGCGGCCUGCCCCCCGCGGGCUCGGGCCGCCCCCCGCCUCUAUAAGCGCUAUGCAAAGGCCGGUCCGGCAGCACGUUAAGCGGCUGUUCUGCCUGAUGGGCCGCAGGCCCGAGCUGCUGUGUGGGGCUAUAGCGCUGAGCUGCGCCCUCCUCGUGGCCCUCAGGUUCACCUGCAGGUAACCCGGCCUGUCCCAUGUAACACCGACACACCUGUACUAGGGCUGUAACGAUACACAGGAUUCCAUAGAACACGCAUUGAUACAGAACGUUCUGUGUGAUCUAGGACAAGCUUGAACCCACUCCUUCCUUAAAGAAUGCCUUCUGUGAGAUGUGAUUUAUCGGAGAUUGUAUAGCUCAGAGUUGGACAAACAUGCACAAUACUGGUGGUAGAACUACAACUUCCAUGAUGCUUUGUCGGCGUUGAGGUUUACAAAGCAUAAUGGAGGUUGUUCGUAUUUAAAAACUUGGGAGAUUUCUCUGACUACCUGUAGGUUAGCUACUAAGACUGGGAUGUCAGAGUUUGAGUAGGUGUAGGUCCUUACCCAGUUAACAGAUGUUAUUGAUGGAUGUUACUGUUAGGAGAGCUGUCUGGCGGAGGAAGCGUUACAGGUUCCAGACAUGGUGGGAUAAGUGACACUUUUAGGAAAGAAGAGAGGGUUGUGACUUGCACCUAGACAGGGGUGGUGUUAAACAUGACAGGUAGUGGUCUCAGGCAACGCAGGGGUCUAGGAAGCUUUCUCUGUUUAAUGGCUGGGCCAAAUGGCCCCAAGGACCAUUCUUUAAUGCUGUUCUUGAGAUGAAGAGGGAGCUUGGGACCUCUGCUUGGUAUUAAAGGACCACUAUAGUGCCAGGAAAACAUACUCGUUUUCCUGGCUCUAUGGGGUCCUGGGGUCCCCCUCCUGCUGGGCUCUAGGGUGAGGAAGGGGUUAAACACUUAACUUUUUCCAGUGCUGGGAAAUCUCCUCCUACUGCAGUCAUCGGCUGAAUGCGCAUGUGCGGCAAGAGCCGCGCGCAUUCAGCCAGUCUCAUAGGAAAGUAUUCUCAAUGCUUUCCUAUGGACGCUGGCGUCUUCUCACUGUGAAAAUCACACAGUCCUAGAUGGACCUGGCACCCAGGCCACUUCAUUGAGCUGAAGUGGUCUGGGUGCCUAUAGUGGUCCUUUAAUCCAUCCUUCCAGGCCCAUAUUAUUGCACAGUUGCCACACUUUCAUAUGUAACCGUUUAUUUUGAAGACUGGUAGCGCAUAUAGUCAGAGGAGGUGGUGGAAACUAGGUGCCAAGUGCACAGUAGGGCAUAAAGAUGUAAAAGUGAAUGUUUAGAAAAUAAACAAUGUUGGAGUAACUGUUUAAUAAAUAUAUCAAGGCCUGAGAAAUUUACUUUCAAUCUAGGAGACAGCUUAAAGAGUUAGGAUCCAGGUUUUUAUAUAUAUAUAUAUAUAUUUUUAAUUUUUUUUUUAAGCUAACCGCUUUAUAUUCAAAGACAAAAAUACAAUAAAAACUCCUUUCCAAUGUGAUGGGAGGAGGUCCGGUCAUCUAAACAAACACUCAGAGGCAAACCCAUAUAGUCUCUGAUUUGACAGACAACUCAUUCUCUUACACACUCCUAAAUUGUAUUUAUUCAUGGAACCAUAUAUAUUGAUUUCAAAUUUAAUGAUCACACAGGAAGAAAAUAAUUAGUGUCUAUGCUGUUUUGCAAAUGCUAUCCACUUAAUACCAAAACAUUCUCAGAUUUUAAAGGGAUACUCCAGGCAACCAGACCUCUUCUGCCCAUUGGAGUGGGCUGGGUGCCAACUCCCACUACCCUUAACCCUGCAAGUGUAAUUAUUGCAGUUUUCAUAAACCAUUGCCGCACAUGCGCAGUAGGUCUCAGUAGGUGGAGCCUGACCCAGCGCCGAGGGACAUCGGCGCUGGACUCUGGUAAGUCACUGAAGGGGUUUUAACCCCUUCAGCAACUUGGGAUGGGGGGUGGGAGGGAGAGGGGCAGUAGAGGGUCCUGCAGUGCCAGGAAAACUAAUGUUUUCCUGGCACUGGAGAAUCCCUUUAAGUGAGAAAUAAUGUAAAUCUGUAUAGCAAUAUAUACAAUUAUUUGGACAAGAAGAACAAAGCAGAGCUUCUUCAUGUGACAUGUAAUUGAAGAAGUGAGCUUAUAGCUGUAGUGAGUUUUGCAACUGCUGCAGUAUUAAGAAAGAUUGUGCAUGGAGACGGGGACAGGGGAACUCCUUAGCACUGUAAACUAAGAUAAAAAUACGUUUUAAAUUGUAAUUAAAUUAAUUCUGUAUAUGUUACUGCUGGUUACACUCCUAACAGAGCACAUUUCCAUGAUUGCGACAAAGUUUCUCGUUUCUUUCUUCAGCCGAGCUAAAGAUGUCGUUAUGCCAGCCAGACCACCAGUGCAUUUUUUCUCUAAGAAAUCCUUUGUUUUGGAUCUUUACCAUGGACAGCUGGAUUAUGCAGAACAUAUUCGCCAGGACUCUGAGAUAACAAUGUUUUUCCUGUACGCCCCUUGGUGUGGACGGUCUAUCAUGGCAAGGUCUGAAAUCGAGGAAGUGGCUAAUAGGCUUUCAGACCAGGUAAAUGAUCAAUUAAACCUGUGGGCUACAUUUAAAAAUAUUAACAUACGUUUAACCCCUUAAGGACCAAACGUCUGGAAUAAAAGGGAAUCAUGACAUGUCACACAUGUCAUGUGUCUUUAAUGGGUUAAACAUUGUGGGGUGCUAAAUCACAUUUUUCUUUUGAAUUAGUUGCUCAUUGCCGUAAACAUAAUAAAUAUGACAUGCUACAGGCACUUCCUAGUGAAUACUGUAAAAGAACUGCUGUGUCUCAAAGAUAGAUAGCAGGCCCAGGACAGCAAAGUACCCAGGUUCAAAUCCCCUGUUGGGUACUUGGCCGUCUGUAUGAACAGGCUCUGUUGAAUAGAAGUACUCCUCAUCGGUGUGGGGAUGAUCUCCGAUUAAAGGAGGAACGAUGGUUCCUGUAAUAUUGGGAUACUGCUGGAUGAAGGUCCACAGGGUGAAACUGAAUCUAAAGACAAUAGUAACUGUUGAAAUAAAUUUGUGUUUUAUAACCUUAAAGAAAACUGUCCACUUCCAAGAUUCUAUUAUGUUUUCUUAUCUCUAUACUUAAAAUGUACAUUUGAGGUGUGAAAAAUUAAAAUAAAUGUAGAAAUCCAGACUCCCUUGCCCUGCAAAUAUGACCUCUUUGCACCAUAAUCUAUGUAAUAAGUACACGUUUUUAUGGUAUAUGGCAUGUUCUUUUUAACGCUUGCCUCUCCAAUUCAAUGGCCACCCAGAAAGAGGACCUAAUAGUGUCCACCAUCAUAAUGGGGUGGUGUGUGUGUGUGUGUGUGUUUUACCAGUUCACUUUUGAUUUUAUUUUGUACUUAAAGGAUCACUAUAGUGUCAGAAAAACAAACUAGUUUUCCUGACACUAUAAAAUCCUUAGGUCCCCCCUCCGACGUCAGCUCCUGAGUGGAGCCAAAUGCGCACGCGCGGCCAGAGCCGCGCGCGCAUUAAAAACACCCAUAGGAAAGCAUUUCUCAAUGCUUUCUUAUGGAUGUUCUGUGUGCUCAAUGCAAAUUUUUUUUUUUUUUUUUUUUUUUUGCAUUGAGCGUCGCAGAAGCGCCUCUAGCGGCUGUGAGGAAGACUGCCACUAGAGACUGGAUUCACCCUGCUAUUCUCUGAAACUGCUACGUUUACAUCUGAAAGGUUAAAACCUGGGGGACCUUGCACCCAGACCACUUCAUUGAGCUGAAGUGGUCCUUUAAAAUUUGUUGUCUUAUGCUACUAGCCAGGCCUUAAACAUUACUUUACACUUCUUGCCAAGGCUAAAUUUUCUCUCGUUACUUGUGAGUGAAACGUUUGAGCCCUGGUUAUAUAGUAUAGGAAGAAGUCAUUGCGAUUGUUGUCAUUUUCAAGUCUAAUGAUCCUUGUAAGCUAGUGUUCUGUGCUCCGAAAAACGCAGAUUGCUGCAGCUGCUCACCCAGCACACACUCUGCUGUCCAUGUUCAUUGCAAUGUGGGAUGAUUCACGUUGCGCUGGAGCAAAGGGAGCACUGUAUGUGGAGUCCAGAUAUGGCUGCAGCUGCUCUCACACGUUACACAACUACAUCACAGGGUAAAUGUGAGGCUAAAUAAGACUACUGGAACUAUAUGGGGUGGGGGAAAUAUAGAUAGGAGGAUAUGACAUGGAAUAUAUAUAUAUAUAUAUAUAUAUAUUGUGUGUAAUUGGCUGACUAUUAGGUAUGAGUAUGAUUGACUAAGAAUGUGAUUUCCCUUCGACUGUUAGAGGUGAAUCCACAUCUGGAAGUGAAAUGGUUAAUACAAUUUUGUGCAGCUACUUACUUUUGGACCUGACUCCAAAUUCUGUGGAAGUUUUGUCCAGGUCUGAACAUCUGUGAAUAUGUCACCCCAGAACAUGGAGGGGGAUAAAUCUUGCAACUGAUAAUGUUAUAUUACACACAAAAAAAACACAAAUUUACUGUUCAAAACUUACAGUUGCAUACAUUUUGCCAUAAAUUGAAAACAAGUUUUCGUUUUGCAGGAUGCUGAAAUGUGAAAAAUGUGUUCAUGUAUCAUUUUGUUUUGUAGGUACUAUUUGUGGCAAUCAACUGCUGGUGGCACCAGGGCACGUGCAGGAAACAAAAACACUUCUAUUAUUUCCCUGUGAUUAACUUGUAUCAUAAGAGGUAAAUUGAUUACAUUGACUUAAUGAUCUGUUCUAACAAUCAUCAGUCUCUAGUGGAAGAAGUAAUUUCUCCAAGUUUAAAUGGCAUCUUCAUUCAGAAGUUAACUGCCUCCUUAAUGUUAUUAAAAAUGUGUAAAAAUAAAUAAAUAAUAUAUAUAUAUUUUUUGUUUUGUUUAUAAUGAAUAUUUCCCCCUGUAUAUCACUGACAUUUAGCAGCCAACAAUUUUCUCAUGGUUUUAAACUAAAUCACUGCAUAUCUCAUAAGCCCCUGCACAGCAGCUGCAUGUUUCCUAUAGUAAAUCAUAAUGUGCAUCUCUUUGCAACUGAUUAAUUUUAUUUAUACGUUUAAAGAGUUGGGGAGUCCCCUGAGCCCCCACAUCCAGUACCUGCAAUUAAAAGGGGUUAACAUACUUCUAAGUACAGUGGCGAGAUGGUACCUCUCCACAGAUCUGCUGCUCCUCUCAGUAUUCCAGCACUGACUAUCUUCUGGCUCUUCUGAUGCUUCUCACAGAGCGUUGCUGUUCUGUCCUACAAUACUUUUCAUAGAGAAGCACUGAAGCCAAUAUUUCUCUUUGAUCCCCAGCAUAAAGAUGUGUGUUUUUUUUUUUUUUUUUGCCGAGUAUCUCUUGAAUGUACAGCACUAUGGAAGUAUUGCUGAGCACAAAUGCGCUUGAACAGCAUUUUUCUGUAGGUACAUGAUCAAUUUACCUUUUAAAAUAGAAUUGCUGAGGUUUGUGCAUUUUAGUUUUUUUUUUUUUUCCCUCUUCAGUGCGGUUUACUGGGGGUAUUAAAAACCGUUGCUUUAAUCAAAGAUAAAUUUAAUUUUUUUUUUUAUUUAUUUUUUUUAUAUUUUUCUUUUUGGGUCUAAUUUCUCAUGAAUAAGAUGUUAAUUAUGGAAGAACUUUCCCAAUAAUGCAUUUUUUUUUUUUCCUUACUCUUCUCCCCCCCCUUGCCAUAUGCUAAUUUUUAAAAAUAUUUAGUAAUUGUGUGCUACAUUUAAAGCUUACGUGUAUUUGUGCAUGUUACAGCUGUUUGGGAACGUUGAUUCAAGAUAUGGUGCACAAUUUCAGUUGAUUUAUGCAAAUGCUCUGCAUUGGUUUUUUUGACCCAUCUGGCUAGAAGUAGGGCUCAAACAUGCUAAAUAAUGGUAAAUCCACUCAGGUGUUAAUCAUUAGUGAAAGCAUAUCUGCUGUGCAUAAAGUGUAGAGAGAGAAUCCUGUUUCAUGUGUACACUGUGCUAGCAGUACUGUGAGCAACUGCAACAAUUAAAGUUUAGUCGUAAAAUUUUUUUUUAAUUUUUUUUUCUUCUCAAUUGUUAAAUGUUGAAAAUCUGCCAUAUUUGACGUGUCUUAUCGUAGGGCAGCUAUCUUGUAGAUAAGUAAAAUGAAAGUUCUAGUCUGUGAAAGCAGCUGCAGGAAACUAGUAAUUGUAUUUUGUUAUACUUUUUGAGAGAACCUACACCUCAUGGAUACAUUAUGUACAAAUUGUUCUAUUUUGAAUUGUCAUUGUAACGGAUCACCUGGCACCCCGACUGGGUACCUCCGUUGAAGGAUGCUCCUAGCGCUUGCUGAGGACUCCAAGCACUGCAGCAGACACCACAACCACCGAACAGGAGAAGCAUAUGAAUGCUGUAUGCAGCUGAACAGGAAAAGCUUACACUCCUGGCAAUCAGCAUACAAUCCAAUUCCCCCAAUAACGAGACAACACUUCGUUUUGAGGUCAAGCAGAACUGACUGUACUGCCACAUACAGCCUCUUUUAUUCACAAGCCACAAACAUAGUACUGCCCACAGGGUUUUGAAAUACAACCAAUCACUCCGUACAAUACACACACACUCCCACACAAAAUCCUCCCCUCUGCCUUUGAUAUGAUUACUUAACACAAUGGGUAAUAUAAUUAUCACAGGCAAAGAAAUACAGUUUUUACAAAAUAGUAAUAACUUCCAAAAUAUACAUGCCAUUCACAUAAAACAUACAUUUUCAGAAUCCGCAUGCUUGAAAUAUACACAUACUCAAAAAUCAGGGCAAUCGGUUCAGGGGUUAAAAAGUUAAGGGAAAAGUCCUAUUUGACAAAAUGAAGCAUGGUUUUUCCUGCCCAAAACCAGUUCCACAGAGUCUUCUAUCCUGGAGAUAAUUGGAAAGUAAUCCAAUUAUCUCCAAGGACAGAGGCAAAACUCCAUUAGCCACAUGGUAGCAAAAUACAAUAAAAUACAUAAAAAUAUAUAACUGUGCAGCGAUUGCAUAAAACGGGUACAUUCAACAUAUCCCCAGAUAGCUUAGAUCUGAGUGCAAAUUAUUACUGAAUGGCGCUCAGAGCACACUCAUACAGUUCAAUUGCCAUGGAGCCAAAGUCUUUCACAUAGUCUUUCGUUAUACACAUGGGCUCCAUGGCAUAGCUAUCUGGGGUAACACUGCUCACAUAGCGAAAGUACAGAAUGACCCGGCUAUCGGGUCUUUGCAGGGGAAAAUCCAGCAUUUCAACAUGGGGCCAUAGUCACAGGGCAGGAGGCUGGCAAUAAGUCUUCUCCAAUGCCCAGUGGCGAGGCUGGUUCCGCCACAGUCAUUAUUUGUUAAAAGGUUUGCAUAUGGGCACUCUAUAAUCUGUUUUUUAGUUUUAAAAUUCUUUGUUUUUGUUGUGUAAAUGAGUACAUUCACACUUGUAGUGCAACAGCAGCAGGACCAGCAAAAUAACCCCAAAACAACCCAGUCAGUACAAGAGUAUAACAUGGCAUUUAGAGCAGUUGCACAAAAUGUAAUGGUUGUGGUAUACCAGUAAACCAGCUGAGGUUCAUGUAUCUAAACAAAACCUCCUAUAUAGUUAGAUGAUUAGUAUUGUAACAUGGACACAGUGAAUGAGAGGGUUAGACCACCCAAGAGGUCCCCUGGUAAACACUAAGCUGUAAAGUGUUACAAACAUAAUAAGCCCUGUUAACGUUCUUUGUCUAAAGAAGGAUGGAUAGUCAUAUGACUUGGUUUUGAUGUUUCUGUCAAAUAUUGGAAAAUCUUUCUGCAUCCCUCACAAAUUUGCUUUGUUUGCCUCCUAUAUUCAGCUUUUUUUUUAAAGUUUUACUUUUUCCCCUUUUAGUUUUGGUCCCAUUGAGUACAAAGGACCAUUGACUGCUGCAUACAUUGAGAAGUUUGUUCGACGAGUAAUGAGUCCACUAUUAUACAUUCCAUCUUUGGCAAAACUAAGGAAUUUCCUAUCGCACUACGAGGUACUUGGCUUUUUUUUUUUUUUUAUGUUUAUAUACAUCAUGUUCCUCAAGCUGGAGCAGAACUUAAAGGUAAUUGUUAUAUAUAAUGUGCCAUGCUUAGGACAAGUGUUGCUAGAUUAGUCUAUGCAGGCUCCUACCACGGACUAGUAGAGUAACUCCUCAACCUCUUACCAGUGUUUUUUAUUUUUUUUCUUAUAUGGUGCAAAAUGUGUUUUGUUCUUGAGGUAACAGUCCUGUUUGUUUUAUGUGUGUCCCUCUCAAACCAGUGCUCACUCUGCUUCACGAUACUAUAAAGGUAUGUUUUGUAUAAGAAGCAUGCUUUCAGAGGUCCAACUAGUGGAGUUUAAAUACAAUGGGGUUUAUUUACUGAACCGCAAAUUUUAGGCUGAAGUAGCCAUAUUGGGAGGUGAAAAAAAUAAUUUACUACUUCUUGUUUUUACUUUUCUUUUCUUUCCAUCUCUGUUUGGACUUGAUAUUUGAUAUUAUCUUGUCAAUCUUCUAUAAAGGACGUUUGCAGUGUACCUUCUGCCAUUUUACAUCCUCAUUUCACUUGUAGACCAUUCCUGGGAGGGAGCAAUACAGCACCUACAGGAUUACAUAAUUGGUAUGCAGCUUCACCCCUUAUGCUUCUAAAUUAAUUGUAUUAAUUUUCUGGAAGACUAAUUCUGGUGUUAAUCUUAUGAGGAGAGCAGGAAGAUGCCCAGAUGAGAGGGUAGUUUAAAACUUAAGGUUUAAUGACUUUAUCUUAAAAGGAAGUAAAUACGACUAAUAUUCUGUUUUCGAUUUCAUGUAUACCAAGAAGCCAAUCCACGAGGGGUCCAAUUUCUUCCUAAAAUUUCCUAUAUUAUGCAACAAUUUCCAAGAACUCCUUUUUAAAACGUUUAUACAUACCCCCCCUAACAAAUCCCAUAUAUAUCUGGUUCCUUAAUAGACCAGCUAUUUAGAGUUUUAUUGGCAAAUUCUGAUCCAUUCUUAAGUUUAUUCAUUUUAUUGUUUUGAUCUUUUAGCAGACAGAUCCCGUACUCCGAUGUUAAACCUCUUGCUGAUAUCUAUAUAAGAUUGGCACGUUUCAUGGACUUGUCAAUAUAUUUCUAAAAUUAAUAUCUUUGUACAUACCUAUUAAUACUUCCUAAGCAACUUUCAGUAGCAUUAUACCGUUAAGUUCGUCCGGGUAUGUCAUUUAUCCUCUCACACACCUUUUUCUACACCUCUUGUUGCCCUGAUUAUUAAACCUGAUCUCCAAUGGACCAGCUUUGUAAUGCAUCUGGACUUCCAGUUUCUAGCUAAUUCUCUAUUUUUUUUUUUUUGAUUGAAUUUAUCUAAUAGUGGCUUAGUAGCACCUAGAAUUGCCUUUACAUCUCUUGUUGAUAUAAACAUGUUCGGCUGUUUCUACUUUCCUUAUAUGGUUCUGGAGGUUGUAACCUCCACUAAUUCACUCAUUCACAACCGCACAGCUGGCAGGCGUUGAGGUUUCACCUCGUUUAGACCUCCAAGAGGCAGGGCUUGUGUCCCCGCUUAACACGGAGUAACUCGAUCUGCCAACCACACAGGCUCAACUAUUAGUCCCCUUUUCAAGACCUUUAUGCUACUAAUGCUGCACCACCCCCUCACCAAAUUCUUGUGUCUGGAUUGGCCACUCGAGUGUCACUAAUCUGUACAAUGAUUUGAUUGGUCAGAUUGAAAUGACAUAUUGGGUCUUUUCAUCUGAUCUUUAUUCUACCUCACGUAAGUGUACCUAUUUUCCUUGAAGAGCCACCUGACCGGCGAAAUGUGCAUCGCGGCUCGGCUCUGUUUCAUUUACUAGCAGCUUCUAAUACUUUUUUGAGUUCCUUUUGAUUUAGCUAAUUUAUCUUGGUUAUUGGGACAUGGAGCAGCCCUCUUUUACAGUCGAAGUUUGAGCUGCAAGCAGAUCAGUUAGCUGGUGUUUUAUUAUUCGUAUGCGUGCCCUCAAAGGCACAGUCUAGCAUCCUAUAUUGUUUCUACAUUUGCAGCUUAAAAAAAUACAUUUUCCUUCCUGUUCUUUUAUUUAUUCCCACACCCACUUUUCUUGAUUUUUCACAGAGCACUGUUUCCUCCUAUAGCUCUGUUUAGUUGGCAGUCUGAAACUGACUCCAGUCAUAUUAUUUAUUUAUUUUAGUUUUUUCUUAGGAGCAUUUAUUGCAAUCUUAUAUUGUAGCCAACUUCAAGGGCGUUGCAUAAGACAACAUCUGAUUUAGCGCUCUGCUGGCAUUGUAACAGCCUCUUACAUUCGUUUCGUCUCAGAUAGCCUGGCCAACAAUUGCUACUCUGAGACACCAGCAGGAUGUGUAUAUAUUUUAAUAGAUUUUCUUUAUAAUUUUGUUUCAUGUAUACACGUUUUCAAAAAAGUUUAGUAGCUACAAAUAAACCUUCUUCUGAGUUUUUCAACUACUUUGAUUAUUGAAUUCCUUUUUAAUAUACAAUUUUUAACCAUUAAGUUUUAAACUACCCUCUCGUCUGGGCAACCUUUUGCUUUCCUCAUAAGUGUUUACUAAGGGUUGACCCUCUUUGCACGGUACCUUUUGAUCACCAGCUCCUUUUGAGUCUAUGUAGUAUUGAUGUUAAGCUUAUACACGCUGGAUAUCAAGCAGUGGGCAUCACUGCAGAGGCCUCUGAUUGAGAAAGGUGGGAGAGUCCAGAACACCACAAGACUUAGGUAAGUAAUAUUUGCAAAGAGAAACUUUUGUAAAUAGGAAAAAAAACAAAAAGAAUAGACUAAAAAUAUUGUUUCAGCAGAGAAGAGUGAAUCCGAAUCACAUUCCUCUGGUUUGAAGCCAGGUUAGGCAUGGGGAAGAUGAAGCUCAUGUGUGACCUUCAGCCUAUGCCAGCCAUAGGCAAGAUGCAGCCCCUCUCCAUGUUGCUAUUCAGAAGGCUGCGAGUUGGAGGCAGCACCUUCUUGGUAUGUCAGGCCCUGCGUCGCACAUUGUAUUCCUCUCCGAGCUGUAAGUCUCCAAGGACAUCUCUGUCUAGGUUGGUGCUUGAUUGUGUGCGGUGUUCCCCGGAUGCAGUCUGCGCCUCUUGAGGCGGGUCUCCUUGAGAUCCGUGACCCUGUGUGUGAUUCUGAGGCUUCAGUGUUGCCGGGCAGGUAAGCAAUGUGUUGCGGCCCACUGGGCAGGUGGGAAAUACCGGCACAUAAGGCCCUGCCAGAACUCAUCACGGAGGCAGUUCAGCUGUUGUAGCAUUCCGGACCUCUCCUUCAUAUGAAUCCAGAGACAUCCGGCUUCUGCCUUGUUGGAUGUGUCUGACUGAAUCGCUGCUGGAAAUGUGGCAGCACCACAAACCUUCUCUGGUGGUUAAUGAGCCCUCAUGGUGGGGACCGGGGAUCACCCCCACCGGGGCUUCAGUUCCAUGCUAAUGUGGGUCAGUUCGUGUCUGGUCGGGAGAUCGGCCGCCUCUCCCUUUCACAAUGCCUGUUAGGCUUUGCUUACAGGCUAGAAGAGUUCUCUCUUGGGGAGCCACAGACAUCCAUUGUGUAGACACUGCAGCUUAUUGUAGUGGUUAUAUUGAAGCUAUAUAUGUCAUUUUGGGUAUGGCUAGGUCAUUGUUGAUUUAGUGUCACUUUCUGUACAGCUUACAUAGUAUAUACAAUAACUUGUAUCCGGAUAAUCUUUCUCUUCUCUGGGACCAAACGGUCUAAUAAGCUAGUUAAUGAACAAUAGUAUAUCUUUUUUUUUCUCCCAGACAAAAACAAUUCAGUUGUAUAAAAGAUGUGUAAAGGCUUUGAGGAAGGGUUAUUUUAAGUGAAUAGACUGCCUCUUUUAAGUCCUUCAAAUAAAUACUUGGUAGCACAUUGGUGUAUUUUGGAUAUGUGCUGCCCUAAGCAUGGCAGAACCUGGACACCCCCUAAUAUACAUUACCCCCUUCCUGUCAAUGCCACACCUCUUCCUGUUAAAGUCUAACACAUACACUUUGACAGAAACACACUAUCAGAUACACUGACACACACACACUCACUCAAUUACUGUGGGGAUAUUUAUGGGAUAAUAAUAGUAAACAGUGAGAAUUGCCCACUAAUUCAAUUCUCAGAUCCCAAAGAUCGUUAUCGUGUUAAGUUGAAAAGUAUUUCAUAUAAAUAAAUCACAAUCUGUUAUAAAAAUAGAUUUAUUAUGACCAAUAAUUAACAAUAAUGUUAUGUAACAUGCGUGACAAUAAUCAACUAGUAUUUAGUACAACAUAGUAUACAAUACAAUGGAAUGGGUAUACACAUUUCAAUGGCUAAACAGCAUUUUCUGUCAAGACUUACACGAUUUAUGAGGUAACCUUACAGACACAGAAAGCGAAGCUUUUCACAGCGAAGGGCCAUAAAACCCUGGCUAACAGUUAGAUCAACUGAAUAACACUUUCAAUGCUGGCUAGAUCCUCCUAGGUAAUUAAGAUCUAUUCUUAUGUAACUUUAAAUAAAAUAACAUUUAAACCAGUUCAUUAGUCAUUUCCUGGAACCAUCCAAUAAGAGAAUCUACCAUGUUGUAUAAGCAGAGUUUGUUUUUAAUUUGCCUAAACAGAUCUUUUAUCUUAUUUUAGAGCAAAUCAAUACAGCUGGAUAAAUAUCACGAUGUGCUAACAUGUGAUAAUAUCACAUUAAUAUAUAAUUAUUCUUAAUUCCACCUGCUGAAUGGAAUGUUUAUAACUAUAUAUUCUUUAGUUAACUAAGAUUUCUUAAUAUGGAAAUCUGACCGUGAUUUAUCCAGUCAUAUAUCAUGCUAUUAGUAAAUUGUAAUUAAUUUAAUUAAAUGAAACCAGUAUAAUUACCAGUUGAGUAGAUAUUUUCAUCAAAUUGGUAGUCUCAGGAACUUGUUUGGAUGUCUCUCUGCAUGGAGGUGUGUAGGAAUUUCUGAGUGUAAUGUAGUGUUGGUUAGAAAGUGUCAAAGAGUUUGUGAGUUGAGUGUUAGUCUCAGAUGUUGUCCUGGGUUUCUCUGCAUGUCCGAGUUGGAGUCCCCAAACUUCCAAUUCCUCUUCCCCUCUCCUCUCUUUGUCUUAACUUUAAAAGGGCCAGACUCUCUGUACGUCAUUAGUUGAUAACCCAAUAGUAAGCCAUAGGUGUGUCCAAUCUAGGGAUCGCGAUUUAGAUAUUUGAUCCAUAGAUGGCAGUCUCGUCUAACGAAACCUUCCUAUCCAGGAAAGAGUUAACUUUUCCUGAUGACAAUUUUGACGUUAUUUGGCUUAUCUAAAAUGACUACUAUAACUUAGAUUUGCUGUCAGUUCAAAGCAUUUGUGCCAGUCUUUCUGGCAUCUACUUGAUCGUAACUUGUAAAAUUGACAGUACUAAACUCAAUUUCAACCCUUUACUACAAUGGUACCUUAUAAAAUUUAGAAAGUAAAAUUAAUUACUUAGUCUUCUCUGUCACUAGUGUCUGUGUUUAGAUAUGCAUCUAUUCCAUUAACAUUUUAGACAGUCUGUCCAACCCCCGUUCUCCUUAUCACUUGGUUUGUAUAUACUAUGCAUUCCUUUAGCUCUGGGAAAGUGGUUAGUUUUACAGAUAGAAAUCUUGUGUCUUUUGUUAGCUUGAAAAUAAAAUGGAGUCUGCUCUGUUCAAAAGUGACUCAGCAUAUACACUUUUAAUUUCUAUCAUAGCACAAGAUGUCUGCCGAUAUAAAUACCCUGACAUUACUGACAUAUACACACAACGACGCAGACAGUCACUGACACACACGCACAGUAACUCACUCAGACACACAGGCACCCUCACAAAUACACACUGACCGACAUACAUUCACUCACACACACAUUCUCCCAACAUUCAGAUUUUUUUAAUUUUAAAUCCACCUAGCUUCCCUACCUUUUAAGAAAUGGUUUGUAUUUUCAAUCCUUUUGGUAUUGCUAUUACCUGUGCCUCUACUCCUUUUCUCUGAAUUUAUAGGAGUGCUUAGGCUCCUUUUUUUUUUUUUUUAGGACAAAUACACCUAGAGUCUGUAAUGUGUGCUUCUUGGAUCAGGAGCAUGGGUGAAAGACUGACAAAUGACAGGUUCACUUUAAGCCAGAACUUCUCUUUGAGCAAUUACUAUAUCAUUUUGUCAUAGUGAUUAAAUGCAGUAUUUAAUUGCAUAAUGAGAUGUAAAUGAUAAGCCAUCUCCUCUCCAGUGCUCCUGGUGUUGUCCGUUCAUACUACAUGGAUGUUCCCAUAGUAUAACGCUCACCACAACUGCCACCUACUUCCUAAACCCUCAAUUUUGAUUUGUCUUGCUUCAUUGCCUGCUCAUCACAAGGAGUGUUUACUAUAAACCAAAAUACAAAUGACUGGUGAGAAAAUAUAUUACUCAAUACCAAAUACAGCAACAUCUUAUGAAGUGAACUGGCUCAAAAACUUUCACUGUUAAAAGACGACACCAAAAUAAAAACAUAAAGUACACUAUACACUUUUAAAACAAAAUAUUAUAAAAGUGUACAUUGUCUUUAAGAUCAAAUGGGUCUUUUUUAAUAUAAAGUGCAUAUCAAUACCAUGCAAUACAAACUCCUCUUCAGCAGAGUGCAUAAAAACAAAUGGUGAAAUCUUUUUACCAUGCAGAUGCACUUAUGUGCUAGAUGUCAUAAUAUUUUAUUGUGCAGUGUAUAUACCACAAUACCUAAUUGUGCACACACACUUGUGCAAUAUUAACCAACCUUAAUUGUGUCAAUACACUUGUGCAAUAGGUGUCAUUAAAGUGUACAAAUGAGACCACUUACAGUAAAUGUGUCCGGUAAAACCAGUCCUUAUGAUAUACCAUAAUUAAAAAAAAGUGUGUGUGUGUGUGUAUAUAUAUUAUAUAAAAUAAGGAAAGUAUAUGGAUAAGCCCCUCAUAUGCAAAGAGCAGUGGCGGUCUGCUCAAACUUAAAAGCUCCAAUCAGCUGCUGGCACUGUGGAAUUGUGGCAUGCAGUAAUCCAGGCAGAGACCCUAGAUGACCAAUGAAUUUAAAACUUUAUCAUCACAGAUAAAAACCUUUGAGUAAAAUCACCCCCAUCGUAGCUUUACUCCUUCCAGUAAAGCCAUGCUGGAAUCCUGGUGUCCGGACGCCGGCAGUCUCGGUCUUUCUUCUGGUUCUCGGGCGCACUUCACAGCUUCCGGGAAAUGGGGCUUAAUGUCGGCAGCAUGAUGAUUCUUUUCACCUGGAGUAGGCUUCAUCACAUCUGCCAGUUGCCUGUGUCUCUGCCUGUUUCAGUCCAUCUUUGAGGGCGUGCAUAAUUGAUUCCGAUGGAAUAGUCCUAUACUAUUAGAUACUUCACAAAAUCUAACUCAUUUGCGUAGUCUGAUCACAUACUUAUUAUGUAAAAGUCCAACUAGAAUAAAAAGCAUCUCCCUGAUUUCCCAUUGAGGGAAUAGGAACAAAGAAGCAACAUUGUAAUAGGGAUAUUCCAAUAUCAAAAAAAAAAACACUAUAGGGUCAGGAACCAAAAUGUGUAUUCGUGUUAAAGACCCCCCCUUUACUGCCUUAGAAAGGGUUGAAGUACACCUUUAUUCCAGCGCCGUGCAGAUCUGCUGGCUCUAUCCCAUCCCUGCUUCUCCAUCCUGGCUGAGAUCAUAAAUGACUAUCUCAGCCAAUUCGGUGCUAUACAUAGGAAUGCAAGAGAGGCUAAUGUGCACACUCUGCAAAAUGCCACACUGUGCUAAUCAGCAUCUCUUCAUAGAGAUGCAUUGAAUCAAUGCAUCUUUAUGGGUAAAGUUCAGCGCCUCCAUGCAAAGCGUGCAGACACUGAACAUCCGUCUGAGUGACUGCCACUUGAUUUGUCUCUAGGCAUUAAUGUAAACUUUUUUUUUUUUUUUAAUCCUGCAGAGACAUAUGAAACUCGCCAGAACAACUACAUUAAACUAUAGUUUUUCUGGUACAAAUAAGUUUGAGUCCCUGUUAUUGACUCAUUAUUCCAUUUUAAGCAUGUAUUGCUUGGAGUUUGUUUGCUGUAUACAACUGCUUUGAAACACAAUUCAGGAAGAGAUGCAAAGCCAGUGCACAUGCUUUUCUUUUGCCCCAUUCAUCUAACCAUUGGUAGUGAAGUAAGUUUAUGUGAAUUCUGCAUCGGACUCUCCAUUGUGAAUUAUAUUCAUUCUAAUUCCACCUAUUCUAGUUUAAUUUAGUUUAAUUUACUUAGCCUGCCAACUGUAUUUUCAUAUAUUUCCAUAUAAGAUAACCACUAAUAAAAUCUCUAAAUUCUUUAUCCUUGUAUUUUUAUUUUAAAUUUAUUUAUUCCUUUUCAGUUUUAUUCUUACUAUAUUUGCAUUCUGCACAUUUAUUGCACGAAUAAAGGUGUGAAUACUGCAACUACAGCACAUGCACAGCGCUCACUGUAAGAGCUCAGAAGAAUGGCUUGUAGGUGGUUUCACAAACGUUCCCUACUUCAAGAGUGUGCGUGACAUAGUUGCGGUGGUGAAAGGGUUACAGUUCACUAUUUGUCUGCAGUAGACCAAAAAUGACAAAAUCCCCCUUAACACCACCACCACCACUUAAAUCCAAUAUAACUAUUACUAUUUUAACACUGCCACCACGAAGACUUUUUUUUAUAAAUGGGGUGCCUUGGUCCCCCAGGUAAAUCAAUAAUUAAAACCCACCAAAUACAACCUAGCACAAUAUCUAAGACAUUGCAAAAAUACUAAUUUAGUCUCUUCAGGUAACAUGAUUCUUUACCAGACAAAGGCAGAACUUAAUAAAGGAAUAUUUAUUAUGAGCAGAAAAUUGUCACAGUGCAUACAAAUAUCGAUCACAAUCAAAAUUGACACCAAAAACAGAUAAAAACAAAAGGGAUGAAAUAACAGAAGUCCUAAUUACUUACUAAAUUUAUCAAAAUAACACUUCUGCUCCAGGGGGUCUUGGUAAGAAAGAUGGUGACUCUUACUUAGAAUUAGAUUCUGGCUCCAAGCAAGUACAAAUGCACCCUUCAGGAUCAUUAGAGAUGUACCCUGUGGAUUACCACGCCUCACCCAGAGGUGGAGUUAAGGAGUAUAUACAAGGUAUAUACACUCUUGCGUCCAGACCCACAUCAAUCCACAUGGAAACAGUUUGUUAUAUCUUCUUAUGUAGAAAUCAUUGCAUCUACAAAUUUGUUAUUUUCCCAUUCCAUAGACAUGUCACAUUUCUUACUUGUGACCCAAUAUAGCGGACAUCACAGUCCCUUCUCCUAUGGUUAAGUUAUGCAAAUCAUGUUUGGGCUUGUUUAGAAGAGGGUGCUUGUCACCUUCCAAAUAUAACAAAAAUAAGGCUUAAUUAUUAUUCUGUGGGUAAAUAUUAAUGUGUUUUUCCUUUUGGAUAUGAUACUGGAAAAAGGCUAAUGGCCAUUGACAUAUCAAAGAAAUCCACUUCUCAUUUAAGAGGUACAGGCCAUAUGGCCGAAGCCAGACAUUCAGGCUUUUAACCCCUUAAGGACUGGACUGUUUUUGCGAUGUUGUACAUUUGCGACCAGGCAUAUUUUUACACUUUUGUGGUGUUUGUGUUUGGCUGUAAUUUUCCGCUUUCUCAUUUACUGUUCCCAUACAAAUUAUAUAUUGUUUUUUCAGGACAAAAGGGGCUUUCUUUACAUACCAUUAUUUAUAUAAUCUCAUGUAUUUUAAUUAAAAAAAAAAAAAAUAUGAUGAAAAAUUGAAAAAAAUACAUGUUUUUUGACUUUUACUUGAAAAAUCUUUUACUCAUCUACAAAAGCGAAUGAAAAAACUGCUAAAUAGAUUCAAAAUUUUGUCCUGAGUUUAAAAAUACCUAGUGUUUACGUGCUUUUUUGCUUUUUUUUGCAUGUUAUAGGGCUAUAGGUACAAGUAGGAUAUUGCGGUUUCAAAACAUACAUUUUAAAAUUUAUCAAUAGUGACAUUGUAACACUAUUAUCUGUCAUAAAUCUCUGAAUAACACCCCACAUGUACAUAUUUUUUUUAAAGUAGAUAACCCAGGGUAUUCAAUAUGGGGUAUGUCCAGUCUUUUUUAGUAGCCACUUAGUCGAAAACACUGGCCAAAGUAAGCAUUCAUAUUUGUUUGUGUGUGAAAAAAGUAAAAAAACUAAAUUGAACGCUGAUUUUGGCCAGUGUUUGUGACCAAGUGGUUACUAAAAAAGACUGGACAUACCCCAUUUGCAAUACCUUGGGUUGUCUUCUUUUGCAAAUGGUAUGCCAUCAUGGGGGUAAUUCUCAUUCCUGGGCUACCAUACGCUCUCAAAGGCAACGUAACUAACCUGGCCAUUUUCAAUGUAAAAAUAUUUGACCCAUAUAUUUGACCUUGUAACUUUCAAAAAUGCUAUAAAACCUGUACAUGGGGGGUACUGUUUUACUCAGGAGACAUCGCUGAACACAAAUAUUAGUGUUUAAAAACUGGAAAACGUAUCAUAACAAUUAUAUCAUCAGUAAAAAGUGCUGUUUGUGUGUGAAAAUGCAAAAAAAGUCACUUUCACUGACAAUAUCAUCGCUGUGAUAUGUUUUACUGUUUUGAAUCACUAAUAUUUGUGUUCAGCGAAGUCUCCCGAGUAAAACAGUACCCCCCAUGUACAGGUUUUAGGGUGUCGUAGAACGUUACAGGGUAAAAUACAGUGCUUGCAAAUUAAAUUCUCUGGAAUUUCGGCCUGGGUUGGCAGGCAGGUCCCUCAAAUUGCAAUCAAUAAAAUUACUGAAUUAUGUAAAAAUAUUACAUAAAUACACACGUAGAAUUUAAAUAUAUAUGCAUAUUUAUAUAUUUGAAGUCUACGUGUAUAUUUAUAUAAUUAUUUAUGUAAUUUUGUAUAUGGACAUUUCUUAUUAUUAUUUUUAUAUACAUAGAUAUAUAUACAAAUUCAUUCUAAGUGUAUUUUGAUAUAAAUAUAUAUAUAUAUAUAUAUAUAUAUAUAUUAAUUUUAAAAUACAGUUAGAAUAAAAUUUCAUAUAGCUAUAUAAUUUUUUUAAAUUUUUUUAUUUAAAAAAUUUAAUUUAAAUUACUUAUGAUUUAUAUUUUAUAAUAAUAUAUAUAUACAAUAUAUAGUUAUAAUUAAAUUACACACGUGUAUAUAUAAUAAGUGUAUUUUUAUAUUAAUAUAAGUACAUAUUAAUCUAAAAAUACACUUAGUAUGACAUUAUAUAUGAUAUAUAGACAUAUAUUAUAUAGAUAUAAUAAAUGUCUAUAUAUCAUAUAUAUAUAUAUACACAUAUAAUUAUUUUUAUUUUUUUUAUUAACACUAACUUUAUUUUUUUUUUAUUUUUUAUGAUUUUACACUAGCAGGGAGACUGCCUGUCAGCACAGACAGUCCCCCUGCAGGCAGACACAUGGACACCUAUUGUGACCAUGUGAUCGCUGUGUUGAGCGAUCACAUGGCCACAGGGGUCCUAAAUCAGUGUGGGGAGACUGUCUGGGCUGCAGGCAGUCUCCCCACAACCGGAGCCACGCUGAUCGCCGCCGGGGGAACAACGGCGAUCAGGUAAGUAACGGGAACCGUCCUGGGUCGGGAAGGGGUUAAAGUGUAGAAUCUCACACCUUGCAGAGCCUUUGAUUAAUUCACAGGAUCCAUCCCUACGGUAAAACUCUUUUCACAUUCUUAUGCAAUUUACAUUACCCCUUAUGUCAUCUGACCUUUCAUACAAUCAAAUUAACUCUGUUUGACAUUGACAAUAUUCCAUCUCUACAAGGCAGGCACUACACAAAUUACAUUAAAGGAUAGUAUUCCAUAGUGCAAUAACGAAUUAUACACCCUUGCCGUGACAGGUGGGCUAUGACCAUCCAUUCUCUGCAUAAUAAAAUGUUAUGAUCGCUCCAGCUAUAAGCAUCUGUUUGCACCAUACCCUAUCCAUAACAUUACGUCUAAAUUUUAUUUGUGACUCUAUAUGCCGCCUACAUGGCUUGGAAGAUAGCGCAACAGUGCAGUUUGAUGUUAUUACCCAGUUCCAUAACAUUCACUAUUUCAUCCUUUUGGAAGGCUGCAUAUUUUGGUUCUUUAGGGAAAUAAACCAGUGUUCACUGUUUAUAUAAAUUGGACAUUAGGGGUUAUGUAUGAAAUGUGGUCUUUAGUACUAAAUAUAGGCUAUUCACCAUGGCGCUACGGAAUUUGUUGGCGCUAUAUAAAUAUAAUAAUGGAAACCAGCGAAAGAGUCAGGUACAUAACAUUAUUUUUUCUUUCCUUCUUCCAAGUGAGCGCUGCUCACUCCUUAAAUAACACAUUGUCAUAUCAAUAAGCUCUCCCAUCUAAUCCCUAAUACCUCAGGGUCACACUGUGCUAAAUUCCCUCAAACAAAAAUAUUAAAGGUCUGACGCACGUUUUCCUGCCUCACGGCACCUUUGUGAGGGACCAAAUAACGGAACACACUCCACAAUAGGAAUCACUGUUAAAGACUCAGCCACUGUAUAAAAAAACGGGCUGAAGUAGCAGCCCCCUUAGCAGGUAGCACUGAUAAACCCAUUGUGAACUGCCACCAAGCCACAUUGAAGGGUACAAAAGUUGAAGUUACAUUUGUAUCUAUAUAAAGAGCUUAACUGUUGAACGGAUCAUUAAAUGUAAUGCAUGUGUUCAAUAGAUAUUAAUGAAUAUACAUAAUGGGAUUGCGGUCCACAGCCGAGUGGAUAUGGAUAUGAGUGGAAAUGAGGCCUUGGGGCAAAUACUGCGAUAUUUAAUAGAUAAAAACAUAAGAAGUUUAAACAAAUCCAUAUAUGCAAUUACUAUAAAGAGUCUAAAUGUAUAAAGACCCAAUAUUGAGGACUUGUUAUGUAAAGCCUAAAGUAAUACAAAUAGGCAUGCAUAACAUACACAUUGAUCACAAGGGAAAACAACACUAUAAUGGUUCUUAAGGGAGUAGCAAUUUAAAUAAUCAUGUUCCAUUUUAUGGAAGUCCACAAGAAUAGCCUGGGGUGAUAUACCAUGGGUAUGAUCAAGGAACAUAGAGCAAGCAAAAGGGUCUCCUUAUCUAAAAACCAGUGUGCAUAUAGAAUAAUGCUCUCAAAUAUCCUAAAGAUGGUAGUAGAGCCUUGUCUUGUGUCCAGGUAAGAACUUUUCAUCAUGUGUAGGGGGCACAGGGCUAUUGAAAUUUAGAGGUCAUUAAAAUAAAACUUCAAAAGGAAAAAACAUUGAAUCAAUGUACCUCUGAGGAAAGUUCAGUGUCUGUGACUUGCAAUGGUAUUUGCUAGAGCCAAGAUGUCACUGUACAAUAUUAACUUUACUUCAAGUUAGAGGUUGUUUUGAACUUUAAUAAUAGCUGCACAGGAAUGCAUCCAAUCUAGACUCAGUGUAGUAUCUGCAAUGCCAGUGUUUAUUUGGCAUUGUAUGCCUACACCGAUAAAGACCCAUGAAAGUCCAAACCCCCCAAAAAAGCAGAGGAAGGGAAAGGGGGGGGGGGGAUAGUAAUAAUGUACCAAUAUCCUAGGUCAGUGGUUCCCAACUCAGUCCUCAAAUCCCCCCCCAACAGUCCAGGAUUUAGGGAUUACCCAGUUUUGUCAAAGGUGUUUUUAGAAAAAAUAAAAUACACUUUAGACACAACAGGGUAAUCCCUAAAUGCUGGACUGUUAGGGGGUACUUGAGGACUUUUAUUCCACCUUCUAAAACAGAUCAAUGUUUCAGUCCAUCUUGUGGACUUUCAUCAGGAUCACAAAUACAUGUUAAAAACAUUUCAUAUAUAGGAUGCAAUAAUUGUAAUCUAACUCACCCCAGGUGCUGUGUGUGAAAGCCGGCGUCCUACCAGAUUAUGUGCGCAUGUACGGCAUUAGCUCCGCCCAUUUCUGUGACUCUAGCGUCGUUGCCAUGGUGACGCAGUAUAUCGAAAAGGUCACCACGGUAACGUCUAACAACAAUAAACUUCCUCACCACCGCGCAGAAAGAGCCAUAAUAAGUGACAGCUCUUGUAAAUGGGGAUAAAGCUUGAUUUCACUUUUCUUUUGUCCUGUUAUAACCCCUUGGAUAGCUUUAUCCCCAUUUACAAGUGCUGUCACUUAUUAUGGCUCUUUCUGCAUGGUGGUGAGGAAGUUUAUUGUAGUUAGACGUUGCCGUGGUGACCUUUUCGGUAUACCGCGUCACCAUGGCAACGGCGCUAGUUUCACGCAAUGACGUCACAAAAAUGGGCGGAGCUAAUGCACAUGCGCACACGAUCCGGUAGGAUGCCGGCUCUCACACACAGCACCUGGGGUGAGUUAGAUUACAAUUAUUGCAUCCUAUAUAUGAAAUGUUUUUAACAUGUAUUUGUGAUCCUGAUGAAAGUCCACAAGAUGGACUGAAACGUUGAUCUGUUUUAGAAGCUGGAAUAAAUGUUAUAUUUUAAUGGAAUUCCGAGAGUGCAACCAACUAUUUUUCUAUUUGGAUGUUUAACCCCUGGUACUGCACCUGGUUUGGCAAAUUUUUGAGCCUGGGUGCAAGGUACAGUCUACCUUAUUAUAUUUAUUAAAAAAUCAAUACAUUGAGAAAAAUGAAUAAAAUACAAUUAAAUAUAAAAAAAAAAGAGAUACUGGUUUAAACUUGUGCUAACUGUAAUUUGAUAUUAAUAUAUAUUCAAUUCAAAAUACAUUUAGAAUGACGUUAUAAACAAGUGUGUGUAAUAUAUUUAAAUUCUACAAAUAUAUUUAUAUAAUAAUUUUACAUAUUUUAUUAAUUGCAAUCUGAGGGACGUGCCAGACAACCCAGGCAGAAAGUCCAGAGAAUUUGGCUUGCAAGCCCUAUAUUUAAACAUGUAACUUUCCAAGACACCAUAAAACCUGAACAUGGGGGUACUGUUUUACUCGGGAGACUUUGCUGAACACAAAUGUUAGUGUUUAAAAACAGUAAAACCUAUCACAAUUAUGUAAUCGGUGAAAAUGCAGUACACAAACUGUACAUUCACUGACUAUAUUGUUUUGAUAAGUUUUACUAUUUAAACACAAAUUUGUGUUCAGUGAAGUCUCCCGAAUAUAACCGUACCCCUCAUGUACAGGUUUUAUGGGGUUUUCAAAAGUAACUUUGGCCAGUGUUUGUGACUUAGUGAUUACUAAAAAAAACUGGACAUACCCAAUUUGUAAUACCUUGGGUUGCAAGUGGUAUGCUAUCAUGAGAGUAAUGUUCAUUCCUGGGCUACCAUAUGGUCUCAAAGGCAACAUAACCAGUCUGGCAAAUUUUAAUGUGUAUUAACUGAAAAGUUUAAUGUGUUGUAUUUGGCCCUGUAACUUUCCCAAAUUUUUUUUUAUAAUUUUAUUUAUACUGUAGUGGUGUUCCCCUCUAUUUGGGGCACACUUAUGGUACAUAUUUUUGAUAUCCUCAUUGAUCAUAUAUUCUUUCAAAUGUGCCAGAAACUACUUUCUAGAGCACUUUAUUGAUUUGGAGGGCAGCUAAAGGCCAUAGAUACCAGCCUUUAUAGUCUAUAUUUACAAAAUUACAAAAUAUAACAAAAUGAGGAGGGUGGGAACAAACGCUCUCAUUCUUUUAAAUAUAUUGACACUUUCUCUGAUUCCUUUGCGUGUAUGUAUUUAACCAUAAUGGUAUAAGAUGACUAUAAAUGUAUUAAAGAAGCACUAUAGGGUCAAGAACACAAACAUGUAUUCCUGACCCUCUAGUGUUAAAACCACAAUCUAGCCCUUCUGACGCCCUCUUGUCUCCUUAAAUAUAGUAAAAUCUUACUUGUAUUCAAGUCUGCAGCUCCUGGCUCUGCCUCUGUUUGCCUGUGAACUGCCUCUGUCUGCUGACAUCAUCAGAAGUAAUGGUUUGCGCCAAUCACAGUGCUUCCCCGAUAGGCUUGGCUGAGACUGACAAGGAGGCAGAUCGGGGAAGAGCCAGCACAAUUCAAACACAGCCCUGGCCAAUCAGCAUCUCCUUAAAAUGAUGAAUGCAAUCUAUGCAUCUUUAUGAGAGAGGUUCAGGGUCUCCAUGCAGAGGGUGGAGACACCGAAUUGCAGUGCAGCACUGUCCCAGGAAGCACCUCUAGUAGCUAUCUGAAGGAGUGGCAAGUGGAGUUAUCACUAGGCUUUAAUGUAAACACUGCUAUAUACUUCAGCAAGCAGCUGCAAUAUUGGACAGUGGACAACCUAACCCAAACUAUUACAAUGCAUCACUCCCCCUCUAGCAGCAAUAAAAUUGUUAGUGGUCUCUGCAGUAAUUUCAUACCUCCUUUAUUAUUCAAAUAAAACUGGACUAUUUUAAAGGUUUUGUAGAUAUUUGCAUAUCUUGACCAGCAGAGGGUGCAAAUUCCUUAGGUUUGUAUACUAUUCAAGGUUUUAACCAGAAAUGUUUCACUUAGCUUUUCAUUAGUGUGUCCAGAGAUCUAGAUAUUGUUUUUACCAAACGCAAUGUUUCUCAUUUUGUCAGCCUUGGAACACAGAUGUGACCUUGCUUGAAACUGAAAACGUGACUCUGAAAUACGACAGUUGGCAUGCAACUCAACAAUCUUUUACACUGGUUAUAUAACACACAUAACCUUCAUUCAAAAUUGUAAAUAUGUUUUUUGUAUUGUAGAAGAAUAAGAAAGUAAUUGCUGGCCAACAUGGUAGCAGAACUUUAAAGUAACACUCUGGACACCAAAUCCAUUUAAUCUGAUUGAAAUGGUCACAGUGCUUGGAAUCCUUUUAUCCGUUCAGUAUCAAACCAUUUUCGAGCAGUUUAACCCCGUAUAAGAGUCCUUGUCUGCCCACAGCCGGUCUCCCACGGGAGGUAUGGCUAAGGCAACUCAUCUACAAUCUUUCUGAAUUAUGCUAGCAGUGGUUGGGUCAGCUGACACUCACAGCCAAUCAUUAGCUAGUUUAACACUUCACAGAAGGACUGUAACAAGGAACUGAACACUAUCACCACUUCAAUGAGAUGUAGUAGUUGGUGCCUAUAGUGUUUUUUUAAAGUGGUUAUACCAAGAAUUUGUAUUAUACAGUCUGUAGACUAACACCUCUGCUUGCAUUAACCCUUUGAAUAACAGUGUUUUAUUUCUACAAUACAUUGGGUUAAUUUAAUUGUUCACAGAAAAUAUACUAAGUUUUUAGAUCUUAUUUAUUAAACAUAUAAUAAUACUGCCUUGGUUAAAUCUAUAAAAAAAAAAUAGCCCUCCCCCCCAACAUUUUCCAACAUAAUUUAUGUAUCUAAAGCACUUUUGGGGAUCUGAGUGUUCUGCUUUCGAAAUGUGUAAAAUUUCAUUGCUCCUUAAGAAACUGGGAUGUUAAAUAAAUCUGUGAUGUCUGACUCAUUCCUGGCGUUUUAUAUGCAUAUUAAGUGCAGAAAUCUGGGAAUUCGUUGUUCUGUAAGUUGUCCUGAGACAGUCACAUUGCUGCUAAAGAGACCAAGGUCACAGAUGCUUUCUUGCUGGGAAGGUCUCACGACAUUAACGACAUCGGCAUGUGAGAAUUUGCUUCCAUGAACAUCUUGCUUUAAUCCAGGAAAUCUUUAUACUAAAAAUAUUUACUCCGUGAUAUCACUAACCUCCAUUGCUUCCUUCUUGUCAGAGACAUAAUAAUGUGCAAACCUAUUUGGUGGCUCUGUUCCCAGAUUGUUCCAUCACAAGAUUGUGUGUACAUUUCUCAUGAUAAAACAAAUUAAUGUAUUUGUACUUUGAAGUAAUUUGAGUCAUUUCACUUAUAAAAUGUUAUUGUUCAUGUUCUGUGUGUAUUAAUGAUGUAUACAUUUUUUUUGUUUUUGUUCUUUCCGCACAAACAUUGCAGCCUGGAGUUCUAGGAUAUUUUGAGUUCAAUGCCUCACCUCAGCCUCCUGGCUAUUUGACAUUCUUCAGUUCAGCAUUGCAUUCCUUACAAAAAGGUAUGGAAACGUUCUCCUUUGCAGUUGCAAAUGUGUCCAUUUUUUAUUGCAUUUUCUCCUUAGAGGAAAAAAAAAUUAUUGGAAAAUCAAAGUUUUGUCCAUCUAGCUCUUUUAUAAUAUAACCUCACAUAGAAUUUAGAUGUUCGUCAUUGCUGUGCAACACUUUUUACAGGACCACUUCACAAUGGGUUGAGUCACAAUAAUGAUGAAGAAGCAACACUCAAAUGAGUGAAUGGUGUGUAUGUCUAUGCAUGUACUGCUGUUCAUUCUCCCUCAGAAGGCAAUGGAUUUCUGAGAGAUUCAGAUCUGGGGUUUAUAGGAAACUUACAGCGGUACUCACUAAAGUAAGAAAUGCUAGGAAUCCGAGGUACAUUUCAAAUUUAAGGCCAAAAUAGCCAAAUUAAAACAGAAUUGACAUGUGUAUACAAAGUGAACUGUGGUAAAUUACAGGGGGCUCACCCCAGUAAUACAGAACGGUAUCACCCCUGUCUUUAUGCAGCAGCCCCUUGUAAAUUAUAUUAGCAAUGUAUAAAUCCUCUAAAGCUUGAAGGAGCAAGACAUUGUGCAGAAAUAGAUGCUGAAGGGACUAUAGCGCAAAGAAUCGGUAAUAAAUACUGACUCCCUUUACGACAACCAACAGACAGACUAAGAUGGCCGCGGAUCGGGAAUGGUCCAAUAGGAGCCAAGCUUCUGUGGGCUGGGACAAGUGAAUAAAACCCCAAAGAGAUUGCAGUAACCCUCUGGCAACACUCCUGAAACCGGGGAAAGGAGCGCAGCUGAUGCAGAAAGCGCUCAGCCAGAUGGAGGAAAGAACAGGAGUACACAAAGUAUAAUAUGAUGGAUGGGAGAGACUGGACAGGGAAGCAUCAAGGGGUUAAAGGGACACUACAGUCACCAGAACAACUACAGCUUAUUGAAUUUGUUCUGGUGGGUAGAAUCAUUACCUUCAGGCUUUUUGCUGUAAACACUAUCUUUUCAGAGAAAAUGCAGUGUUUACAUUACAGCCUAGUGAUAACUUCACUGACCACUCCUCAGAUAGCUGUUGGAGAUCCUUCCUGGGUCAUUGCUGCCUAAAAUGCAGCCAAACAUUCAGUACUUCCUCCCUCUGCAUGCAGACACUGAACUUUCCUCAUAGAGAUUCAUUGAUUCAAUUCAUCUAUAUGAGUAGAUGCUGAUUGGCCAGGGCUGUGUUUGAAUCGUGCUGGCUCUGCCCCUGAUCUGCCUCUUUGUCAGUCUCCUAUAUUUCUGAUUGGUUAAUGUGUUUUCUAGUUGUUUUGUGCAGCUUGGUAAAGGAAGACUAAGCAAUGGGAUUUUUAUGUAUGUUUUGCCAGUGUGUGUGUAUGUAUGUAUGUAUGUAUAUGUGUGUGUGUGUGUGUGUGUGUGUGUGUAUAUAUAUAUAUAUAUAUAUAUAUAUAUAUAUAUAUAUAUAUAUAUAUAUAUAUAUAUAUAUAUAUAUAUAUAUAUAUAUAUACAUACAUACACAAAGUUCCUUUUUAUCCCUGCACACACUCUUUCAAAUUGUUCAAAUGCUGGGUGCAUUCCAGCCAAAGCCAAAUAUCAUAGAAAAAUAGUAAAUGAAGGCUUGCACUCACUGUCUUUUUAUUGUAUAAAAGUUUUCUUUCUUUAUUCCGUAUCUUGUUAAAACAUAAUCUCAAUUAGAAUCAACGUUGCAGCCAUCGUCCGUGGCUUUCAUCAGGAUCAGUUCAGCAAAAUACAUUUACUACAUAAUAUAUAGCCAAACAAACCAAUUAUUCAAUCAUACAAUCACUCACCACCUGUGUCGCUGCUUCCCCGGCGUCUCUCCAUCACUCCUGCGCAUGUGCAAACACGUUGCAACCCGGAAGUAGCGUGUUGACGUCACCGACCGUUGCCAGGGUUACCCGAUAUGAUUACCGGCACCCUGGCAACUAGGUUUACUUAUGCACAGCGGAGAGUUGCGCCCGAGCAUACAUACCAUCAAUCAACAAAUUAAAAGCAUCCUUUAACUAAAAAUCUUAUACCAUAUUUCUUCAUUCAUCUAAGCACAAUAUACUAUAAUAGUCUUCACUAUACUUUCAAUUUAUUCGCCUUUCUCAUAAAGCACAGUUUUUUUUAACCAUAAUAUCACCUAAUAUACAUAUAUUAAGCCUAUAUUUAUACAUCCUAUUUAAGAUGCUCCCAACAUAUAGCGCAUAAAAAUACCACUUCUAUUCGACUUCUAUUUUUACAUCUACUUCAUACUAAACACUAUUGUGUAAAUCUAUUCUCUAAAACGAUCCUGUAGGUUAUAUCUUCUUCACCUUUCUUAGAUUUUCAAAGAAAAUGUAUUAUUAAAUCUACACCAAAUUACUACUAUUAUGCACAUAUAUUAAUCUUUAUAGUGUAAUAUUUCCAAAAAAGUGCUAUCUAAUCUAUUUUACAGAAAUAUUUAUACCGUAUUAAUACUUUGAAACAAAUUUUUCAUAUUCUUUUUCAAAAUUAUAUAUAUAUAUAUAUAUAUAUAUAUAUAUAUAUAUAUAUAUAUAUAUAUGUAUAUAUAUUAUGCGCAUUUAUGUGUGUAUGGGUCUGUGAUUUUUGUUUGUGUGACUUUUUAUAUGUGGGUCUGAUAUUUUGGCGCGCGGGUGGAUAUGAUUUUGUGUGAGGGGUGGGGAUUUCUGAUUGUGUUUUUUGAUUGUGUGUGUUUGUGACAGUGUAUAGAGGUGAGGUUGUGUGUGUAUAUGUAUAUACAUUUGUAUGUUAAAUAUGUCAAUCCUACAUAAGGAUAACAAAUAAGGGAGUUAUCUACUAAAGAAUUGAAAUAUCAAAAUUAAAGGGCCACUAUAGGCACCCAGACCACUUCAGCUUAAUGAAGUGGUCUGGGUGCCUGGCCCAGCUAGUUUAACCCUUUUUGCUGUAAACAUAGCAGUUUCAGAGAAAAUGCUAUGUUUAUAAAUGGGUUAAUCCAGCCUCUAGUGGCUGUCUCAUUGACAGCCACUAGAGGCGCUUCUCACUGUGAUUUUCACAGUGAGAAGACGCCAGCGUCCAUAGGAAAGCAUUAUGAAUUGCCUGGCUGAAGCGCGCGUGGCUCUUCCCGCGCAUGCGCAUUCAGUCAAAGAGGUGGAGAGGAGGAGGAGAGCUCACCGCCCGGCGCUGGAGAAAGAGGUAAGUUUAACCCCUUCCUCCCCCCAGAGCCCGACGGGAGUGGGACCCUGAGGGUGGGGGCACCCUCAGGGCACUAUAGUGCCAGGAAAAAGAGUAUGUUUUCCUGGCACUAUAGUGGUCCUUUAAAUGUCGAUAAUGUUUAACCUAAAAUGUGCAAAUGCUGCAAUUACAAUUUUUAGAUGUUCCUGACUUAGUAAAUAAAACCAAAAGUUUUGCAGAAACACUUUAUCUUUUUGAAGUGGUAAUUUAUGAUGUCUAGAGUCCAGUUACCACCAGAUCAGAGUUCAAUAUUAAAGGGAUAAUAUAGUACCCAGAACAGCUACAAUUUAAUGUAAUUGUGUUGUUGUGUAUAUAGUCUGCCACUGCAGGCUUUUAAUGUAAACCCUUUGUAAUUCAGAGAAAAGGCAGUUUUUACAUUCCUGCCUAGAAACGCCUAUAGUGGCAGUCACUCAGAAGGCCAUUCGAGGUGCUGCACAAUGUGCAGCAAUGCAUCUUGAUGAGGAGAUGCUGAUUGGUACAGAGUGGUGUUUUACCGAGCAUGUGCAAUAGCCUUCCAAUGCUUUCCUAUAGGAAAGCGUUGGAUUGACUGGGAUCAUCAAGUUUGAUCUCAGUCAUGGAGGUCUUUACUCUUUAAUAGACAAGGCCCUACUAAUGGCACAGCAGGUAGGAGCAGGAGGGAAUAUUUAACCUUCCUUAUACUAAUAUGGGGUAUACUAACCUCCAUAUUGUUAGGUGGUAUGGGGGAGUUUAGGAAGUUCAGGGAGCACAGCUCCCAGCCGCUUCUAUUUUUUAAAUAGAACAAGGAGGGUGCCGGUAGCCAGUAUUAUCACAAAAACGAAUGCUACACUGAUGCAAUUGUAGUUAGACAUGCCAAUACAUUUUCCUACAGGCUAUGAGUUACUGCGAGACCUUGGACUGAAGAGAGAUGGCAUAAUCUGUCAACCACAGAUUGCCUGACGGAUUAUGGGGAAACUGUCACGGAAACAAGGAUGUGAGCUUCUUUUAGUGCCUUUGCCAAAAAUUGCAACGCGCAAAAUCAUUGUCCCUAAUUUCUUUCAUGUUUUAAGGAUUAAUAAUAUUUAUUUAAGGGGAGUGGAACAGAAGGACAUACAUUUCAAAGUGAAUGAAUAAAAAAAAAAAAAAACUUGACCGAAGCGCUUAAAGUCCGGUGUGACCCUGUAAAAUCAUAUCAAUCUGAUCCAUAGACACCCUUUUCUAACUGAGAAUGUCCUAAUCAAUUGGCAUGCAUAGAGCUACUGUUGGCAAAUAACCAGUAUAUUCCACGGGGUCUUUAACAAUUGGUUUGUGAUGAAAGGAUAGCUGGUUGUCUGGUCCAUAAGGUGUUAAGCGUGCAUUGCAAAUGUUUACACAUCUGAGCUGAAGUGCGUCUAAAGUUAUAAAACCAAAUGCCUUAUCAACUGGAUUGUGCAUACUAAUUGAAAAUACAGAAAAUUUAGUUUCCUGUGUUGAAUGUAUUUUAAAGAUUGUGCUAGUUUAAGUCUCUGUAGUAGCAAAUAAUCUCCCAAGAGUAAGUCCAUGCCCUGGGGUUUUCUUUGACGUUAUAAAAUCUGUAUAUAUUUAUUCUAUAAUUUUAUAAUCUUUCUAAAAUAUGUUAAAUAGCUAGGUGUCAAAGUGUUCAAAUUUUAAACUGAUUUCAUGUACCCAUUUUUUUUAACUAUUAAAUAUAACCAAUUAUAUUCUGCAAAAGCCCUUGGUUAGACACUUCACUGCCUUUCUAAGUGCAUUAGAGAUCCCUUUGACACCGGACUGUUUUUCAGCAAUUGAGCAUCCUGAGACAUUGCAUGGGAAUCCAAUUUUGAUUAAGAGCCACUGAUAUAAUUCCCCACCCCUUCAACCUCCAAUAUAAUUAUUGUAUUUUUCUCUACUUAAAUGGACACUAUAAUAUUUAUGUUGUGGUUUUUUUUUUUUGUUUUUUUUUCAAAGAUUAAACAACAAAGACAAUUUUUCACCGCCUUCUUUGCUCAUAUUCACCAAGGGUGCCAAUAUUGGCGGAGAGCACUGUAUUUUAGACAUGAUUGCUAUAGAGCGUUUUAGUCACUGUUCCCAAAUCCACAAAAAUCAUGUUAAUAAAUUGCAAAAUGAUUUUUCGGGUAAUCUUAUGGGUGGUAUAUCAUUUCAUUGUAAAUGACAACAUGCUAAAUAAUCUAUUGGUGUAGUGUUAGGCAGGGUGAUUAGAGUACCACUUUGAAAUAAACUGUGUGGUAUAAAGUGUGCUGUAUUCUUCUCAGAUUAUGUGGAAACCAUCCGUUUUGGAGUGAUUACUGAUCGUAAACUUGCCAAGGAAAUCUCCCUCACCAACCCAGGAACUGUGUAUUUACACAGGAAUCUCAACUCUUCCUUGGUAAGGGUCUACUACAUUUUUAAAAAUUAUAUAUAUAAUUUUUCUCUGUAGCAAUCAUGUUUGUUUCUCACCUAUAAUCUCUUUUGUAAACAUCUAUAACAAAACAUUUUAAACUGAAUGAAAUUGUAAAUUUCAUUUGUGAAACUGAAUAUUUUUUUUAAAUGAAAUAUAAGUAAAAAGUUAUGUAAUUUACUUGCAUACCUCACAAUCUACACUUCAUUCUCUGACCAGUAGAUUCUGAUCAGAUGGAACAGUUAUCUGACUGUUUAGUCCAUGCGGUGUGCCUUGUUUAACUGUGGUGUGGUGGCAUACCAGCAGGAGAGCCCUUUUUUUUUUUUUUUUGCUUCAGUUUUCAGUCUCCAUUUUGUGUCUCCUGUUUAUUUUUCUUCCUUAACGACAUAUUUUUUAUUCUUGUGUUCAUACGGAUAAUGACCGUACACAACAGCAUGGGUUUACCUCCAGACUUUCCCACGGUACAAGCAGAUUUUUAGUGUUAAAUUUUUUUUAUUUUUUUUUUUUCCUGUUGGUAACAUCAUCAAACUCCUCCUUAUUAUAUAUUUUGGUUUAAAAAAUAUAAUCCUCCUUGGAACCCCAGCUUUCUGAAUGUUUCCACAGGGAACAUGACACCGACACGCUGCAGUGUGUUUGAUUUCACUGGAAUGCACGCCAGGCAAGUGUGAGUGAAUUUAAAGCAAAUCAGACAAAACUGAAUUUUCAAGCCUUUUAGAGAGCUAAAGGCAAUCUGGAAAGCCAUAGUUUGUCAGAAGCACUUACAGUACACUUUUUUAUACAAAUAACCUCAGUAGCUUACAUCAACAAGUAAGGGUGAAACCAGUUUAGACUGUGCUUUAAGUUAUUGCCCAGAAUUAUGAUAUGGUCAGAAAAUUGUAUUCUUGUAAUACACAUCGGAGGAGCAGACAACAACUUGGCAGAUUGCUUAAACAGAAACAAUCUAAAACAAAAAGAUUGGUCUCUUUCGAGCAAAGUUUAAACCAGAUAAUGGAUUGUUUUUGGUUCUCUAAAACACUACAUUAUGGUAUCCAAACAUCACAAGAAGGUAAACUUGUUCCCUCUGCAGAUUGGGUAAUCUAACCUGAAUGGAUGCCCUCUCAAUAGUGAUGUCGCGAACAUAAAAUUUUCGGUUCGCAAACGCGAACUUCCGCAAAUGUUCGCGAACCGCCAUAGACUUCAAUAGGCAGAAUUUUAAAACCCACAGGGACUCUUUCUGGCCACAAUAGUGAUGGAAAAGUUGUUUCAAGGGGACUAACACCUGGACUGUGGCAUGCCAGAGGGGGAUCCAUGGCAAAACUCCCAUGGAAAAUUACAUAGUUGAUGCAGAGUCUGGUUUUAAUCCAUAAAGGGCAUAAAUCACCUAACAUUCCUAAAUUGUUUGGAAUAACGUGCUUUAAAACAUCAGGUAUGAUGUUGUAUCGAUCAGGUAGUGUAAGGGUUACGCCUGCUUCACAGUGACAGACCAAACUCCCCAUUUAACGCACCGCAAACAACCGCAAACAGUCCAUUUGCACAACCGCAAACUCCCCAUUUGCACAAGGUUGGAUACCAAGCUAGCUAUGUCCCGUUCCUUGCCCUCACUGAUGUCAUUAGGAACCGGGAGAUGGAAAAAGAUGCUUGGUCGGUCCUCCUACUUCAAAUUUGCGCGUGCAGUCUAAUGUGCCACCAGAUAGGAGUGGUGUGUUAAGUAGUACUAUUCUUAUCAGUUUAAUCCCAAUGUCACGACUACUAGUGUGGUCCAGCACGCAGAAACUAUGUAAACCUAUACAUAGGCAAGAAAAGGAAAAGAAAAGGACAGAGCGUAAACCGGACCUUAGAAUGGCCGGACUAAUACGCUAGAGACAGAGAAUGGUCAAAGGAAAAGCCGAGGUCAAGGAAGCCAGAAAAUACACAAUACCGUUUACACAAGCCAAGUCAGGGAAACCAGAAUUCAGAAUAACCAGGGAAAAGCCAAGAUCAGGUCACCAGAAAAAUCAGAUUCACAAUGAUAAAGCACUCUCAGGAAACCAGGAACAGGAAACCAUGACAGGGCAAGGUACUGGGGUGAGCUAGGGAUUUAAAUAUAACGCGGCAGGCUGGCAGCCGCGACACCCUGUUACGUCCCCCUCAUCAGGCCUUUUUAAGUCGAAUGUAUCGCCCACAGUCAGUCCCUUCGGGAUCCAUCCCUCAUUCAUCUUAAUAAAGGUGAGGUAAUCUAGACUUUUUUGACCUAGGCGACUUCUCUUCUCAGUGACAAUACCUCCUGCUGCACUGAAGGUUCUUUCUGACAGGACACUUGAAGCUGGGCAGGCCAGAAGUUCUAUCGCAAAUUGGGAUAGCCCAGGCCAGAGGUCAAGCCUGCACACCCAGUAGUGAAGGGGUUCAUCGCUCCUCAGAGUGUCGACAUCUGCAAUUAAGGCGAGGUAGUCUGCUACCUGUCGGUCGAGUCGUUCCCUGAGGGUGGACCCCGAAGGGCUGUGGCGAUGCGUAGGACUUAAAAAGCUCUGCAUGUCCUCCAUCAACAACACAUCUGUAAAGCGUCCUGUCCUUGCCGGCGUGGUCGUGGGAGGAGGAGGAUUACUUUCACCUCUUCCCCUGUUAGAUUCCCGUUGUGCUGUGACAUCACCCUUAUACGCUGUGUAAAGCAUACUUUUUAAUUGAUUUUGGAACUGCUGCAUCCUUUCCGACUUGCCGUAAUUCGGUAACAUUUCAGGCACUUUCUGCUUAUACCGGGGGUCUAGUAGCGUGGACACCCAGUACAGGUCGUUCUCCUUCAGCCUUUUUAUACGAGGGUCCCUCAACAGGCACGACAGCAUGAAAGACCCCAUUUGCACAAGGUUGGAUGCCGAGCUACUCAUGUCCUGUUCCUCGUCCUCAGUGAUCUCACUGAAGGUAUGUUCUUCCCCCCAGCCACGUACAACACCACGGGUACCAGAUAGGUGACAAUGAGCACCCUGGGAUGCCUGUUGUGGUUGGUCUUCCUCCUCCUCCUCAAAGCCACAUUCCUCCUCUGACUCCUGUUCCUCACAAUCCUCUUCCAGCGUUGCCGCAGGUCCAGCAAGCGAUGCUGAUAAGGCUGUUUCUGGUGGUGAUGGUGAUCACAACUCUUCCUCUUCCUCUUCACGCUCCUCUACGGCCUGAUCCAGCACUCUUCGCAGGGCACGCUCCAGGAAGAAAACAAAUGGUAUGAUGUCGCUGAUAGUGCCUUCGGUGCGACUGACUAGGUUUGUCACCUCCUCAAAAGGACGCAUGAGCCUACAGGCAUUGCGCAUGAGCGUCCAGUAACAUGGCAAAAAAAUUCCCAGCUCCACAGAGGCUGUCCUAGCACCCUGGUCAUACAAAUACUUGUUAACGGCUUUUUCUUGUUGGAGCAGGCGGUCGAACAUUAGGAGUGUUGAAUUCCAACGUGUCGGGCUGUCGCAAAUCAAGCGCCUCACUGGCAUGUUUUUUCGCCGCUGGAUAUCUGAAAAGUGCGCCAUGGCCGUGUAGGAACGCCUGAAAUGGCCACACACCUUCCUGGCCUGCUUCAGGACGUCCUGUAAGCCUGGGUACUUAUGCACAAAGCAUUGUACGAUCAGAUUACACACAUGUGACAUGCACGGCACAUGUGUCAACAAGUCCAAAUGCAAUGCCGCCAACAAAUUUUUUCCGUUGUCACAAAUCACUUUGCCGAUCUCCAGUUGGUGCGGAGUCAGCCACUGAUCCACCUGUGCGUUCAGGGCGGACAGGAGUGCUUCUCCGUUGUGACUCUCUGCUUUCAGGCAAGUCAACCCCAACACAGCGUGACACUGCCGUAUCCGGGAUGUGGAAUAGUACCUGGGGAGCUGGGGGGGUGCUGUUGAUGUGGAGCAAGACGCAGCAGCAAAAGAGGACUCAGCCUAGGAGGUUAUGGAAGAGGAUGGAGUAGGAGGAGUAGAGGAGGUGGCAGCAGGCCUGCCUGCAAGUCGUGGCGGUGUCACCAACUCCUCUGCAGAGCGACGCAUUCCAUGCUUGGCAGCCGUCAGCAGGUUUACCCAAUGCGCAGUGUAGGUGAUAUACCUGCUCUGACCAGACAUGCCAUUACUUCCUUUUGCACAAUCGAGUACAGGUUGGGGAUUGCUUUUUGUGCAAAUAAAUUUCGGCCGGGUACCGUCCACUGCAGUGUCCCAAUAGCUACAAAUUUUUUGAACGCCUCAGACUCCACCAGCUUGUAUGGUAAAAGCUGGCGGGCUAAGAGUUCAGUCAAGCCUGCUGUCAGACGCCGGGCAAGGGGGUGACUUUGUGACAUUGGCUUCUUACGCUCAAACAUGUCCUUGACAGACACCUGACUGGGCAGAUGAGCAGGGACUGCUCAAGGCAAGAGACGGAGGGGCGGAUGGUUGAGAGGGGGCAAGGAGGACAGCAGUGGUUGACGUGUCUGAAGAUGCUGGACCAGGAGGAGGAUGGCGGCUUAGAGUAGGCGUGCUGCUUGUACUCAUGUGUUGAUCCCAUAGGCGUUUGUGAUGUGCGAUCAUGUGCCUUUGCAAAGCAGUUGUACCUAGGUGGGUGUUGGACUUCCCACGACUCACUUUCUUUUGGCACAGGUUGCAAAUGGCAUCGCUGUUGUCAGAGGCAGACACACAAAAAAAAAUGCCACACUGCUGAGCUCUGCAAUGACGGCAUUCUGGUGGUGGCAACAGCAUGCGUUGAUUGGCGUGCUGUCUGGCUGACCCCGGGUGCCGAUGCAUGCUGUCUGACUGUGCCACUAGCUCCUUGCGACGACCUCCCCCUGCUUACAACUCGUCUCCUUCUCCUCCUUUCUGUCUCCCCAUCUGAACUUUCCCCCGCUUCACUUGUAUCUGACAACUCUGCAAAGGAAGCAGCAGCGGGUGCAACAUCAUCAUCCUCACACCGUAUGUCCAUGUGUGUAAUGCUGCCUGACUGAGACAUAUCCCUGUUAUCUACAUUCUCUGGCAAUAAUGGUUGCGCAUCACUCAUUUCUUCCAACUGAUGUGUAAAUAACUCCUCUGACAUACCAAGUGAAGCUGCUGUGAUGCUAGUGUUGGUGGUGGCGGCAGGCGGGCGAGUGGUAACUUGAGAGGUGCCCGAAGCUAAGCUGGAGGAGGAUGGUGCGUCAAGGUUCUGAGCGGAAGCUGUAGAAGAUUGGGUGUCCUGUGUUAGCCAGUCAGCUAUGUCCUCAGAACUUUUCGAGUUCAGGGUAUGUGGCCUCUGAACACUGGGCAUUAUUCUAGGGCCAAAGGGAAUCACAGCACCACGACCACGACGGCCCCUGGGUGGGGGACUGCCUCUGCCUGUCAUUUUUUUUUUUUUCAAUUAGUGGUACUAUGCGUGCAAGCUACUGUGACAACAGAUGUGACACUGGGCAGUGGCAGAAGUUUGCAGAGUAGAGUAGACGCUGUAGGCCUGACACACACGCUUGCAGACAACUAACUGCUAUUCAAUCUAUUACAGUCGAAAUUGUAUUUUCUUUUUUUUAAAAUGUACACUACUGUUAAACCAGAUAUAAGUUGCACUGGUGUGACAUUGUGCCCUGGCAGGCCCUGAAACGCACAUGCGUGAAGGAAACUGACUGCUAUUAUAUUACAUUUUUUAUUUUUAUUUUUUAAAUUGGGACACCAGUGAGUGAGUGGUGGCACUGGGCAAGUGGGCACAGUAUAUGCUGUGAGCCUGACACACAGGCUGUCAGGCAGGCAACUGCAAUUACAUUACACAGAAAAAAAAAAAGCAGACUGAUAUUCUAGCCCUAAAAAGGGCUUUUUGGGGUGCUGUCCUUACAGCAGAGAUCAGAUGAGUCCUUCAGGACUGUAGUGGACACUGAAUACACUAGCCUAGCUAUCAGUUUCCCUAUCAAAUCAGCAGCAGCUACACUGUCCCUCCUCUCACUAAGAAUGCAGCUUCACAAUGAAUGUAAAAUGGAUGCUGUCUGGGAGGGAGGGUCUGCUGCUGAUUGGCUGGAAUGUGUCUGCUGACUGUGAGGUACAGGGUCAAAGUUUACUCAAUGAUGACGAAUAGGGGGUGGACCGAACAGCGCAUAUGUUCGCCAUCCGUGGCGAACGCGAACAAGCGAUGUUCGUUGGGAACUAUUCGCCAGCGAACCGUUCAGGCCAUCACUACUUCUCAAUUUAAUGGAAUUUCUGUUUGUAUUUUUCCCUCCUAUUAUUUUAUUUAUUAUUAAUUGUGAGAAAUAGACGAUCAGACCAUGUAAAAGUACUUGCUGUGAUUUUGAGAAAAGCGGUCAGUAAUAUCAAGCCUCCUGUUAGGAAUAUUAUUACUCCCCUGAAUUUGAAUCUAGUCCUAUUAGGUUUAAUCUCAAAUACAUGUGUACCCUUAUAAUAUUGUUCACUUAAGCUGCUUUUUCUCCAGGCAGGUUUUUCUGAUUGCUAAAAGGCUGGAUGGGCUUCAUUCUGUGGAAAAAUUUUCUCUUUAUUUCAUAUUUAUAAAGUGCUGAGACUUCUUCCUUUAUUCAAGCCAAAAGUGCACUCCUUAUCUGAUCGGCAAUAAGAAAUAAUUCUGCCUACAUUUUUCAGAACACUUUAAACUCUCAAUAGCAUACAUUUUAAUCUAUUGGAAGGAAGGACAAAAUGUAUUUUGUGUUUUGUAUAAAUGAAAGAACAAAGAAAAAGCAGCCUCUGAAGCUACUAUUCCUAGAACGAGAUAUAUAUAUAUAUAUAUAUAUAUAUAUAUAUAUAUAUAUAUAUAUAUAUAUAUAUAUAUAUAUAUAUAUAUAUAUAUAUAUAUAUAUAUAUUUUAAAUGAGAAACCUCCUCCAUCCAAUAGCUCGGAUUCCACAAUAGCAAUUUCAAAGUGUUAGUCAUCCCAUAGAGCAGCUUCAGCCAAAACUAAUUUGCAAAGCAGAAAUGUGUAGUUCAUGGUGUACUUUCACCAAACAUUAUAAAUUGGACCUACACGACUCAGAAAACACAUCAUACAGGCAAAAGGUGCUUCAAGGAUUCCUCAAAUGGGAAUCGCCCUUCAGUAGAGUUUGUUGUAUGGAUUAUAUAUUUAUAUAAUUCGCAGUAUCUUGGUGUCUGUCGUAACAUGGGUUCCUGGGAGGAUUCCUUCUUUUAUACCAUAAUGGGGAGGUGGUUGAAGGUGUUAAUAGCAGAAUUACGAAUAUUAUUAGGGUAAAAUCUGCCUGUCUUAUGGGAAAGUUUGUGGGAAAAGACGUACUGUUGCUAGUCCUUUUGAAAAAGCUAUUCACGGUUAUGAAAUAGUGUUUCCAAUGAUCAUCAGCAUUUUAACCUACAAAUAUAACGCUACAAGUAAAAUUGUUGCUUUCAUGUCCCUUUGACGAUUAUAGAAGUUUGCUUAUUCUGCCUUGUUUUUGCAGAUGGUGUUUGGACACAGUCUCUGUGGUCUUCCUUACGUCACUCUCUCCACAGAAGCAAGGAAGACUAUAGAGACUCUUGGCUUCCAAAUACUGUUUGACGGUGCCUGUACAUGGCUGAAGUAUCUCUACCUUUUAGUAUAUGACAGGAUAAGGUGUGGUUUUUUUUGGUUUUUUUUAACAUAUACUUAAUUUUUAGGAAAAACUCUUCUAUCCUUUCAAAACUUGAUAAAAGGAUUAUAAAAUACUACACCAGCUACUACAGUUAUAUCUCCAUUUUUUUUUUUUUAAAUAAAGUUGCAACGUAACUUCACAUUUACAAAGGCACAUCAUGGCUUUUUUUUUUUUUUAAAGGUGUACCCAGACAAAGAGAGAAACUUCACAGCUGCAAAUAUCUGCAAUUGGGCUCUAGACAACCGGGAAUCUCAACUUCAUUGGCUACGACCUCAUGGAGGAAAAAGUCUUCUACUGGACAAUGAGCUAAAGAAAGGCCCUGCUCUCUUCAUUUUCAUACCUUAUAACCCUUUAUCUGAAAUACAUCCUCUCCUGGAUGAGGUUUGUAAGCGAAAAAUUAGUUUUGUGUGUUAUUAAAUAAGUACACUCUGUAGCCAUAUGUUUUCAAUACAGCCUUAAUUGUUAAUGGUGUGGAUUAAAGUGGCUUGGCCACUUUUAAGUAUUUAAUUCAGAUGUCAUGUUUAUUGAAAUAAUCAUUUUGACUGCAUUGGAAUGUCAUUAAGAUUCCCAAACAAUCCAAAGAUGAUCUAAGACAAAGUAGAGACCCGUCCGUUGUAAGUAGUAAAAGUUUUUUUGUUUUUUUUUAUGUUUUGACUUCUUACCUAGGGCUUCCAAGUACUGCUUCCAACCUUAACUACUUAAAGUCCAUGAGGAUGUCCAGUGUCAGAUAAGUGCGAUUUACUCAGUGUAAAUCUCAGAAGCUGUCUCUAGUGGCUGUCAGGGAGACAGCCACGAGAGGCUGGAUUAACCCUCAAUGUAAACAUAGCAGUUUCUAUGAAACUGCUAUGUUUUCAGCUGCAGGGUUAAAACUAGUGGGACCUGGCACCCAGACCACUUCAUUGAGCUGAAGUGGUCUGGGUGCCUAUAGUGGUCCUUUAAUUCAGAGAGCCAGAAACUCCCAAGCAGUCAAGCCAAAACUGACGAAAGGAUAGGCCUGAAUAAAGCAGGUCCAACUUCUGAAAUAAUUUUUAUAGGGAGUAGUGGGUGGGCUUCCAAGUGAUGGCUGAAUGCCCAGAGGGGGUGUUGAUGUAGACCCCUCCAGGCAUACUGUCUUCACAUUUCCAUGAAAACAUACGUUAAAUGAGUUUAAAUAAAAAAUGUUAAUUAAAAAGGCUAAACAUAAUUAAUUUUAAGUUAAAUAAUAGUUGUACCCUUCAAACGUUGCUUUUGCCAAAGAAUCCUACAUCUGCAACAAUUACAGCCUGGGGACCUUUGGUAUUCUAGUUGUCAGUUUGCUGGGGUAAUCUGAGGAGAUUUCCCCCUAUGUGUCCUGAAGCACCUCCCACAAGUUGGUUUGGCUUGAUGAGCACUUCUUACAUACCAUACGGUCAGGCUUUCCCCACAACAGCUCAGUCUGGCUGAAAUCUGUUAGACAAAAGAGAAUAUGGUCACAGGGUGUUCUUUAAGGAUGACUUCUGACCUUCUAAUAAUGCUGCACCAAGAACAUGCGUGGAAUUAAGAUCCCGUUGCAUACUCAGGGCAGAAGGUGGCAAGAUAGCGAUGCUAUGAAAAAAGGAACUGGCACCAUGAAGAUUACUACAUUUGUUACAAAAGGGGGUGGCUUUGGAGAAAACACAUACUAAACGGGGACAUUUAGGGGUUGAAGAUUAGGUUGCAGAAAAAGUCUCCAUGACACAGCCACUUUAAAUGUUACUUGCCACUUCAAGCCUGGAAGGGCUGUAGCACAGUAGCCCAUUCACUAGAGGUGAUUUUCUGUUCACUAGUCAAAUUUUCACUUGCCAAGGAGUAGUGGUGUGGGAAAAUGUUGAGCCCUGUGUGAGUUUCUGUGUGUAUAUUUAUAUUUUCAACAACUGAGCACACAGAUUAAUCUGUGCUUCUGCAGUAACCAGCCAUAGCUAUACCAAGCAAGGAGAAGCCACACUCUGGGAAUUUUUAAGUCAAUUUGUCAGUAAUGAUGUCCCGAACGGUUCGCUGCAGACGGCGAACAUAUGCGCUGUUCGGUCCGCCCCUAUGUCAUCAUUGAGUAAACUUUGACCCUGUACCUCACAGUCAGCAGACACAUUCCAGCCAAUCAGCAGCAGACCCUCCCUCCCAGACCCUCCCACCUCCUGGACAGCUUACUAAGAAUGCAGCUUCACAAUGAAUGUAAAAUGGAUGCUGUCCAGGAGGUGGGAGGGUCUGGGAGGGAGGGUCUGCUGCUGAUUGGCUGGAAUGUGUCUGCUGACUGUGAGGUACAGGGUCAAAGUUUACUCAAUGAUGACGAAUAGGGGGCGGACUGAACAGCGCAUAUGUUCGCCGUCCGUGGCAAACCGUUCGGGACAUCACUAUUUGUCAGUAUUUCAACUCCAAAAGCGGAUAGUCACAGCAUAUCAACGUUUCAGUCAACGGGAGACUUUCCUCAAUGCACAUUACAAAUGAACACACUUACAGUAUAUCGCAAAAGUGAGUACACCCCUCCCAUUUUCGUAACUAUUUUAUAUCUUUUCAUGUGACAACACUGAAGAAAUGACUCCAGUGGCAACCUGUGAAGCUCUGGUGAACUCCAUGCCCAUGUGGGUUAAAACAGUGCUGGAAUAUAUUGGUGGCCACACAAAAUAUUGACACUUUGGGCACAAUUUGUAUAUUUCCACUUAGGGGUGUACUCCCUUUUGUUGCCAACGGUUUAGACAUUAAUGGCUGUGUUGAGGUAUUUUGAGGGGACAGCAAAUUUACACUGUUAUACAGGCUGUACUCUUACUACUUUACAUUGUAGCAGAGUGUCAUUUCUUCAGUGUUGUCACAUGAAAAGAUAUAAUAAAAUAUUUACAAAAAUGUGAGGGGUGUAAUCACUUUUGUGAGAUACAGUAAGUGCCCUCCCAGAAAUCCAAAGUGAAGCUGUCCUUGAAAAUGCAACUCUGUGUGAUCACCCUUUAAUCUGUAAACUACAUACUAAAAUAUCUAGCAGCCUUAUGGAACAUAAAAGCUUGUUGAGAUGUGUGCUUGGCAAUCUACAUUUUUCAGGUCCCUCCAGAGAUGUUAAUUUGUCUGAAGUCCUGACCACUCUGGCCUAGGUUUUUUAUUAAGGAUAUCUCUGUAUUUUGCUGGGUUCAUCUUUCCCUCAACCUUGACCACCCUGUCACUGGAAAAACAAAGGUAUGAUGCUAUCACCACCAUGCUUCACUGUUGGGAUGGUAUUACACAGGCAAAGAGCAGUGCCUGGUUUCCACUAGGCAUGACACUUUAAUUUGAGGCCAAAGCCUUCGAUCACCAUUUAAUUAAAAUAGCGAAUCCUGUUUCUCACAGUGUCCUUUAGUGCUAUUUUCUGAAUUCCAAGCAGGCUUUCAUUUGUCUUGCUGGGAACUUCCAAAGCAGGCAGUUCUUUUGACCUCAUGGCUUGGCUUUUGCUCUGAUCUGUAUUUACAGCUGUGAAAUCUUGUAUAGAGAGGUGUAUGCCUUUCCAAUCAUACCCAAUUAAGUGAAUUUGCUACAAAUGGACUCCAUUCAAAGUGUGGUAAGGUCUCAGAGAUAACACAGAGAAAUAGGAUGCAUCUGAGCUAAAUGUCAAGAGCCCUAACAAAAAAGCAAAGAAAAAACUGAAAUAUUACAUUGAGAUUUAUUUCUUUUUUUUAAUGAACUUGCAAAGAUUUAGGGGGGAAAAGUUGUUUUGCUUUUUCAUUGUGGUGUAUUGAGUGCUGGUUGAUGUAAAAAAAAAAAUCUUAAUACUAAUUUGUAACAUAAGCUGCAACAUAAAAAAUAAUGGGUUCUCAAUACAGAGUACGAAGUACAGAUAUAGUUUAACAGACUCUGAUGCAAGCAUUUUAGAACUGCAAGUGCAAAGGGUUGGUAAAGGUGACAUUUGACCUCUGUUACACAACUUGUUUAUCAGCCCCUGGGAACAUUACCCGUACAAAACUGUAGAAGCCCCAGAAAUAAUUUGGCUGGGAAUGCUCUACUGUCUGCUAAUCUUAAUGUUACCUUAAUCUUCUGCUUCUGUGUGGUUUAAAAAUAUAUAGUUUUUUUUUUUUUAAAUUCAAUUAACCAUAAUUAAAGAGUUGUGACAAAAUAGAUCAAGUCUUAAACAUGGCGAAAAGUACUAAAUAAAAAAAGUCUGUGUUUAUGCAUGUCAGUCUGUUUCCCUCCCGUCACAGAGACUCUCCUGAAUUUUUUAUUUUUUUAUUUGUUAAAUUGCGAUCACUGUUGAAUUGACACAAAUAUCUUAGUAUAUAUCAAAUGUAUCCCACCCAUUGUACAGUGCUAUGGAAUCUGAUGGUGCUAUAUAAAUAAAAUAAUAAUUAAUAACAAUGUAAAUCUAAAACCUUUUAUACAAGCAUGCAUUGCUUUGUUACUCCAGCUAUUACUACUCAAAGAUUUCAAGAGCUGUACCGUUAAAGGACCACUAUAGUGCCAGGAAAACAUACUCGUUUUCCUGGCACUAUAGUGCCCUGAGGGUGCCCCCACCCUCAGGGUCCCCCUCCCGCCCGGCUGUUGAAGGGGGAAAGGGGUAAAAACUUACCUUUUUCCAGCGCUGGGCGGGGAGCUCUCCUCCUCCGAUCCUCCUCUUCUCCUCCCAUGCGGCUGAAUGCGCACGCACGGCAAGAGCUGCGCGCGCAUUCAGCCGGUCACAUGGGAAAGCAUUAUCAAUGCUUUCCUAUGGACGCUUGUGUGCGCUCACUGUGAUUUUCGCAGUGAGAAGCACGCAAGCGCCUCUAGCGGCUGUCAAUAACACAGCCACUAGAGGAAUUGGGGGAAGGCUUAACCCAUUCAUAAACAUAGCAGUUUCUCUGAAACUGCUAUGUUUAUAAAAGAAUGGGUUAAGCCUAGCUGGACCUGGCACCCAGACCACUUCAUUAAGCUGAAGUGGUCUGGGUGCCUAGAGUGAUCCUUUAAUCCUUGCUGCCAAUUCACAGAACAAACCCUGCAAAACCGUUCUAGAGUAUGAUUUUGAUACUAUAAAGUUAAUAUCCUGUCUUCCUAAAUAAUUCACUAUUUGUAACAUGGAAUUCAUCAAACAGAGAAACAUUUUAAAAUGCAUGUGUCUAAAAAGAAACCGAAUUGUAGAAGAUAUGAGCUUAUUAUGGGAGUUAAGUUUUUUUUUUUUUUUUUAAGUGACUCAUUAAGCAUCACCCUGAACAUAAUUGUUUUAAUAUUUAAUAUGUGUUAAUGUUGUUCUAUAUAUUGUAUCUUCCAGAUUGCUGACCUUAUCCUUAAGUAUAACCGCUGUACCCAAAGCCUAGCCAUUGAAGAUGAUAAUGAACAGCAAAAGCACAAAAUACAAUCGGAACUUUUAUCUUCAUCGGAUACAAGUUCAAAUGUAGAAGAGACCUUUAGGACCUUUUCCUGUUGUAAUACAGUGGUUCUCCCUCAGUGGUAUCAGCUCUCUAAGGUCCACAAUGUCUGUGAGUUGUGUGUCAAUCAGACAAUGGAUAUUAAACCAAGCAAAGCAAGACUGCCUCUGUGUAACUUUCUGGAGAUUACAGCUGCAUUGAAUUCUUUCUACCUCAAAGAACAUAUUUUUAUGGGUUUUAUGUCUCGCGUCAAAGAGUGUAGCAAUUUCCUUAGUUUCUACAGUCCCUUUAACCACUAUACUGCAUGUUGUCAAACCGUACAUAGAGAAUCGAUUUCUUCCAUGUUAAACCUUGAGAACACAAACUUUGCAUUUGCUUCCCAUUGGAAGAACCCCCUGAAGAAUUCUCCAAAUAUAGUGCCUCACAUUGAGGAGAAGAGAUUUAUAAAUUCUACCUAUCACAAUGGGGGUGGAGGUAUUAAUGGCCUCAGGUGUAGGACCAACAAAACCUUAAACCUUUAUCUGUUGGAUUCCAAUUUGUCUUGGUUUUAUGCUGAGAGGUUGGGGGCAACAACUGGGGUGAGCUUUAGAAAGACUUUUGCUACUAUUGUUGAUAUGAAGGAAGAAACCCACUUCAUUCUAGACCAGAGUCAACCACUCCUCACAUCAAAUCUAGGUAAGACAAUCCAUAUUUGUAUAGUUAAUUGGUGACUAUAGAUUUGAGAAGUGCUAAGGAGUUGCGCUAGAACUUGCACUUUCAUAUUACAAUGCUCACCAUGUCCCUUUUUAAUUCUGUUUCUAGAAUGCAUGCACUGUCCAUUCCAUUAUAGAUUUUAUUAAUUUAAGAUGUCCUAGGUGAUUUAUACAUGUUUGAUUCAUUUUCCGCUCCAUUAUUCCUUACUUUUAAAGAAACAAACUUUAAAUGUACUAAAGAAGCAGUUGUGUUUAGGCAUUUAUUAUUACAAAACAUAUAAAUUGCUUUUCUGUGGUAUGAAUAAAAAUAGAGUACUGUCCUGCUCUGGACCACAGUACAAUGAGCUGUAGUUAUGGUGAUUAGAUUGCCUCUUUAAAGUUCAUUAUUUGUUGUAAAAGUAUAGAUGUUUAGAUGUGCUUCUAGUAUUGCUAACACAUACAUAUGUUUUAAAACCGACUCUGCAUUUAGAAAUAGUUUAAAGUGUUUGCAAAGAGUAGGGUUUAUGUAUUUUCGUAAGUCUCUCACACUCACAUCAUGCAUUUCAAUAUCCCUAUUUACUUUUCAGAGGCUUUUAUACAGAACUUCAGCAAAGUUUACAGUCCUUUACAAAGGCAUCUUGUGGGUGACACUUCUUACCAUGUGUCACAACAGCAAUUGAUUACUGAAGUUACCUCAAGUACAUUUAGUCACAUUGUGCUGGAGAUGAAAAAGGUAUUUUAUGUCCUUAAUGCUUGUAACUUGUGUUGUAUAUGGUCUUAAAAUGUAUUUGUAUAUUGAAUGUAGCUGUACAUUAAUUAGGAGAACUUGGACUAAUGUAUUAAGUUACAUGUGUGGACUUUAAAGGAACACCGCACUGUGUAAUGAACAUGUAUUAGUAAUGCUAUAGUGUUUCCCUUCUUAUUUAGGCAUUGUAUCCCACACGGGAAGACGGCCACUAGAGGUUUGUUUAACGCUAACUUUUAAGGGGUUAAAAAUAGAGCCACUGCAUCCAGACAACUUCAAUGAGAUUAAGUGAUCUGGGUGACUUUAGUAGUCCUUUUAAAAGGGACACUCCUGGUACCGAUACAACCUUAAUGGAUUUAAUAGGUUUUGGCCUCAUUAACAUGCUGCUAAUUUAUUAUUAUGCGCCCAGACCUUGACCUGUGUAAGAGGCCCCAACAUUUCUGAUGCCAGCCCUGGUACUUACAGUUUUGGUUAUACAGUCCUUCCCAGAUAGAAGAUGAACAUACAACAGAUAUUUGCUUCUUCCUUCUCCAUCUCUUAUCCACAUUUUUCUGUCAUCAUGGUAGUGUGAAAAUAGUUGUAAAGCUGUAAAAACUGUAUUCCUUUCCACUUCAAGAUUCAGAGGAGCUGUAUUCUAAAGGUGGUUGUCAGAAUGUCUGGGAAUUUUAAGAAACCAUAUUUUCUACCCUUUGCAUACCUAAGUUCCAUACUAAUCAAACUGGCAGGCAUGCAUUAUUAUCCAUAGAGUGCACACCUUUUAUGCAGGUGGUCCAGGGUAUCCAUUGAUGCCACAUGUAGCAGACCUGGUUAUUUUAAAGUGGUCCAAUUGUUGCACUAAUUGCUUAACAUUUUUAGGUGACAUUAGUACCUGUCCUAUACAAUUACUAUUUUUUUCCUGUGCUAUUUAUGUCCUUCAGUGUAAUUCUUACUACGGGGCUUUUAACAGUCUUCACAUUUUCUGGUAUCUUACAGUGGUCACAGAGUGCUUGACAACAAGUCCUGUGUUCACCAAAUGUUGAAAAGUUCUUAUUAAUACUACAUUUGUGAAGUGCCAACAUUUUCUUCAGUACUCUACAUUGUGUUCAUUAACAGUAGGUAGAGAAUGAAAUUGUAACAAAAUUGGACUGGUGCAAAGGAAAAUGAAAAUAUUGCCCUUGAGCCUACAAAUUUGCAAGCAUGACACGUUUAUUCGAAUGACAGCAUGCCAUGGCCUGUGAGCUUAGAAUCUAAAUUAUGUAAUGAGGAAUGAGACAAGUUAUAUGGGAUCAGUUCAUUUCUGUAAAAUAUUACAGGUGGGAGACUGCACCAGACUGCUGGCAACUUCUCACGUUAGCGUUUUAUAGAACACGCAGGACUUGGUUUGUUCUAUUAAACACAGAAAGGAAUUUUAAUCUGUAUUAUAUUGGCUUAUUUUAUUGACUUUUAUUUGUUUCUGUGUGGAUAAACAUAUAGUUACUUCACUAGUGUGGCGUACACCACUACUUUUUGGGUUGAUGCUGUGUUGGGGCACCGUGAUCUGUGUUCUACCAAGGAAAUUGAGAGAUCUUGCCGAAAAUAAUGGAUAAGCACCACCUUUCCUUAUAUUUUAUGUGUAUUGUCAUGUUUCUUUGUAUUUUAAACCAAUCUCUACCUCAUAUAAAAUAUAAAGAAGCAUGAUAAUUUAUGUGACCGGCAGGAAGACAUUCACUCACAAGGGUAAUAUGGGGUGGGGAAGUGCCUUAUGCCCAUAUAACUUUUUAUAGUUGUAUGGGAGAAUGGGACAUUCUUUAUGUAUGGAAAAGUGUGGGUAUGUUUGUCUGAAUUUAUGUCUGUGAGAUUUGUGUGUGUGUGUCUGGAUCGAUGUACUACAUAAUUAGGAUAAGAAAUUCAAGAGUAAAGGAAGAGUAAACAUUAGACGCUUUGCAGGAAGUAUUUAAGAAGGCUGUGUAAGUCACAUGCAGGGAGGUGUGCAUAUGGCUGCAUAAAGAAAGUGAUUUAACUCCUAAAUGGCAGAGAACUGAGCACACAUGUUCUAGGUUAUAACCACCUGGUAUUUGUUACUGGACAUGUUUUGUUAUGUGUUUCACUUGUGUUAUACAGAUGACUAGACUGAUAUAUUUCCUCAAUAACCAGACUUGUCCUUCCAGUAGAGUUGAGCCGGGCUAUAUCUUACUGAGUUUUGCUACUGAGCUUUUCACUUAUAACUGCAGAAUCACCUGUCUUUUUAAACCCCGCUCAUGAAUGCUUUCUUGAUUAAUGCUGUUGGAUCCAAAGUUUCUCACAAGUGGCUGCUGUCCAGACAUGCAUGGUUAAGUCAAGCACUUCAUACGCACUGAUCGGUCACUUAUACUCUUCAGUGACGUGGGACCAGAGUUGUUCUUCACAACAAUGCUUUGAGCAGUAAAUACAUGUAACUGAAAGCAUGUAAGAAGAUUUUUACAAAUCUGAGUUCUGUUCCUAUGCAUAAACUACCUAAACAGGAUUUCCCAAACCAGCUUUCACCACACUCAUAACAGCCAUUUUGAAUCUUGGCAUUCACUUUGCAACUCCCAUCACACACCGAUAGACCUUCUUGCAAUCCUCUUAUCUUGGCCCAUAUAAUUAUGCCACUUUGAAAAAUGGUUCUGCUCUGCUUUCAAGGCUGAAUAUACGAUUAUACAGAGCUUAAAAGUCCUACACUACUAGCCAGGCUAUUAAAGUUGCUUGCAACUGCAAGCCUAUAGAGUCCAUGACAUACUUACAAGGGGGGAAUUUCUACUCGCCUAGAUGUUCCCUUGCUAGAUGCUGAUAGAAGCUUGGGCAGCAGGCCGAUCUAAGUUUUUCUGACAUUAAUGUAUUCAUGGAUUCUGUUUGGCUAAAACGUUGCCCCAAUUCUUGCCAUGUAGGCGGUGACCAGUACCUGUUCUGGCACAACAUCCUAUACGGCUUGGAUCCCAAUAGUAACCUAUAUUUUUCAUGUGCUAUUACCACAUUAUUACUUUUUGUUUUUGUUUUUCUUUCCUACUUUAUUUUUAAAUUCAAGAUAACUGCUAGUUAACGGCACAGAAAGCCACAGCCAUUUCGGAGUACUUUUUGUCUUACAUCAACUGUCCUGUGUUGCUUCUAUUCUACUCAGCUAUACAACAAAGGGGCACCAAAGGAGCAAAUAUUAGGUUGGUGUGGCCAGCCUCAGUGGUUGGGAAAGGUCUUUCAUUAUGUCUAGUCAUUGUAUAGAAAGAAAUUAAGCAAGCAUACAUUUUGUAUUUAGUGUUUUUAUUAGAACUUGUGUAAUUAAGAGGUGGGGAUGCACUGCAUAAAAUGGUGUUACAAUUUUACAUGGUGUUUAUUUAAUUUACAGGAUGUUCUUUUGCUAUAUUAUACAUCCUGGUGUGGCUUCUGUGCAUCUCUGAAUCACCUUUUUCUUCGACUUACUCAACUCCUUGCUACAGAUAGCAUCAUUGUUGCAAGGUAAGGCAGAAAAGGCUUGGAAAUGUCAGUGAAACAUUUUACCAUGAUGGUGUACACAAUAUUUGGGGAUUAUGCAGAAAUAACUUUAAAGGAACACUAUAGCGUUAGGAAUGAAAAUCUGUAUUUUUAACACUAUUGUAGUCCUGUCAGUACUCUUAUUCAGGCUUUCCCAUCUGCAAUAAUAACUUAACAAAUAAAGUCUUAUUUACCUUUUUCAAGAACCAAGACUCUCUCUCUGCACAAGAGAGCGCCACAAUCAUUCAAACUUCCCCCAUAGGAAACCAUUGAAUUAAUUCCGAUUUUCUAUGAGACAAAGUGGUCUUGGUUACUAAUAAAUAUAUAAUAUAAUAAAUAUAUAAUAUAUAUAUAUAUAUAGAGCAUUCCCCUGCAAUUUCACUGCUCAAUUCACUGUCAUUUAGGAGUUAAAUCACUUUGUUUCUGUUUAUGCAGCCCUAGCCACACCUCCCCUGGCUAUGACUGACAGAGCCUGCAUGAAAAAAAAACUGGUUUCACUUUCAAACAGAUGUAAUUUAUCUUAACUAAUUGUAUCUCAAUCUCUAAAUUGAACUUUAAUCACAUACAGGAGGCUCUUGCAGGGUCUAGCAAGCUAUUAACAUAGCAGGGGAUAAGAAAAUCUUAAUUAAACAGAACUUGCAAUAAAGAAAGCCUAAAUAGGGCUCUCUUUACAGGAAGUGUUUAUGGAAGGCGCUGCAAGUCACAUGCAGGGAGGUGUGACUAGGGUUCAUAAACAAAGGGAUUUAACUCCAAAAUGGCAGAGGAUUGAGCAGUGAGGCUGCAGGGGCAUGUUCUAUACACCAAAACUGCUUCAUUAAGCUAAUGUUGUUCAGGUGACUAUAGUGUCCCUUUAACCUUCCUGCUUAGCUGCCGUCAUAGAAUGACAGAUUGUUUCUAAGGUUGUCAAAAGUAGCCCUAUGCCACAUCUCCUAGUGUGGACCUUCAUGACAAGUACAGUAUUGUGUGAUGCAGUUUACAUCAUCUGCAUGUAGCUGUCCAUCAGGAUGCCAUGCAGUGUAUGGAAGACCUAUUCAUGUAACAAUCAUUGGGUAACAUACAGUUAAUCUGGCAAAUGUUGGUAGGCUGUUAUGAGAGAACACGUUUAGGAGCUACUGAAGUGAUAUCACAAGCACCCACACAUGACUUUUUUUUUUUAAAACUUCCUUAAGCUGUGCACUAAUGGUUCUGUAGAUGCACAUCCUGCCAGGUGCAGAAGGACUUCUGUGUAUUCAGUGAAGUCUGACAUAAUAUAACAGUGCCUUUUGUAAAACACACUUUUAUAGACUUUCUGAAAAAUAGUGGUUUUUAUGCAGUGGCUUCCAGUAUAGUCCAUAUAAAAACUAUGCUACAUCUCAAAGAGAGCAUUCCAAACGUCAGAAAACAGAAGGAACUGUGUCACAAAAAGAUAGGAUGAAUAAUUAGAGUAUAAAACAAUGUAAUGUAUAAUGCCGAAAUGACAAAACUUGCAGUAUUUUUAUAAUGGGUGCUUCUAGUCAAGUCGUUAUAUCGAAAUAAAUUUAAUUCAUCAAGCAAGCAUAAAUUUUGUAUUUAGUGGGUAGUGUUUUUAUUUUUCCCUUUUUCUAUUGGAGAAACACCUCAUUUUUAAAGGCAGGCUUUCAAGAUUUUUCCCUUACUUCCUCAGGUCUGAGGCAAAACUGAUUAUUAUGACCGCUUAACACUGAGAGAUCUCUCUCACCCCUGAAACCGCUGUUUAGUGAAUGAGUGAGUACGCUAGAUGUUGUAUGAAUUGGUCCCAUGAGCACCAAGCAUGUUGAAUUUGUAUCACUCGAUGCCCAGUACAUGUAGUUCUGGUCGCUGGACAGGCAGUUUUUGGUUUGGUUUUUUGUCGUUUAGCCCUGCUGUGGCAAGCGGCAGGGUUACUAGAAAGAGGAUGGUUUUUGGGGGCUGUGUGUGAUCGCUAUACUCCUAUAACCUGCAAACCUCAGUAGGCCACGAAUCCGUGGUUCCGGCAUGCUCUGUCAGAGUAAAUUGCAGACUCCCAGCAUGCACUCUGACACUGUGAGGAGCAGAAUUACCAAAGUGGUCUAAGGUAUAUGCUCCAUGUAUUGGAGCCUGAUUUGGCUUAAGGGUUGAAGAGUAGGACAGCCAGCGAGCGCACAUAUACAGCUGAAACACAUCUCACACACUAUGGGGGAGGGCACAGGGUGAGAUUCUAAACUAAAUUUUGCAAAUUAAAUCCUAAUAGAAAAAAUAGCCUUUUGUAACUAUAGCGGACUUGGAAUAUUUUUCCAGAUUCGCUAAUUUAGCCUCCCCCUUUUUUCUUUUUUUUCUUGCAGAAUUAAUCUGGGGAAAUUCAGAGUUUAGUGAAAUAUUGUUUCCAAAAUCCAGGUCUAAACAGGGUCCCCAAACUUUUUACAUUUUGUGUCAGGACAAAUAGAUUGGGCUGUCACUUUCGUCGCUUGUAUAAGUAGAUGUUUUUUACAUUUCCACAUUCCAGAACAGUCUACUAAUGUAUGCCAUCUUACAUAGUUGACAAAGUCAUUCAAGUUCAACCUUAGAGCUCAUUCUUUUAUGCUGUUAAUCUAAAAGAUCUAUUAUAACCCUAUUGUAAUCAUUUCCAGUUAUGUCACAAAAAGGAAGAAAAAAAAUCAAUUUUGACUCCAUAAUGGCAAUCAGAUUUCUCUUUGGAUCAACAACCUGUUUACAUACAUAUAAAUUAUUUGGUUUCUGCAAAAAAAACCAUCCAGGGCCUUUUUAAAAAAAAAUGUACCGUAUUUUUUAUUAAUUUUAAUUCUCUAUAGAAUCUAAUAAGAACUUCUUCAGACAGAGAAUGCCACAUCUUUACCAGUAAAGCAACUAUUUAGCACAAAACCUCUUGCUAGGUGAACAGCAUAAAUCUGCACAAAAAUUGUUGCAUUGCGGCCAUAACGUGUGCAUUGGUUCUGUUCUGGAAACCUCUAAAAUCAAGAUUAUUUAUGUGAAAAUUCAAAGUGAAUUUCAAAUUUCACAACAAUUUUGCCGAACUGGAAGCUUAUCUGACUUGGGGAAUUUUCUGAUUUGCCUAAUUUUAUUUGAAAUUCACUUUGUAUUCUCACUUUGCUGAAUAACGCUGUAUGUUUCUAGAAACUUUACAUGCAAUUAUUUCUUUAACACACACUUCUCUAUCUGAUCUAUCUUCCUGAAAUUUUCACUGUGAAAAUAAACACAUAAGUAGUAUUUUACCUUUUUCUGUCACCAAUGAUUUAUCAAUAUUUUUUGAUAGAAAUGUUACGUUUCUCUUUUCCUUCUGUAAGCAGUAGGUUUGAAUCUGUACUACCAAAGCAGGUCACUAACAAAGUGUCUCUGUUAAGAUUUAUUAUAAUGUUUUAAAUACCUUUCAAUUUGAAGUAGAAUGCAUGUGAUCACAGCCAGCAUAAUUAAUACAACAAUAACAUUAAUUAGAUGAAAACAAAAUUACUGACUUUACAUUUUUCAUGCAGCUUCUUUGUGCUUUUUUUUUUAAAGCACAUAAUAUAAUAACCAGGAAAUAAUGCGUGUUGAACGGAGAACAUAUGCUUUAUCGUUGGUAAUUGAGAACAUCUGGCAUUUUUAGAAUGUGCUUCUUCCUUUUACCCUUGCUGACGUGAAGUAAUGAACACGAACAUUUCCAAAAAGGUUAAAAUUAGAACGCAAAUAUGUGCAUGUACAUAGGAUUACUAGAACCGGCAUGUAUGCGCUAAAUACUUCACUCUACUGAGUUGGUACAUAGCCCAACAAAAUUGAUAAUACAGCAUUCAGCGUAAAAACCUUUACGACCCAAGAAAAACACUGCAAUUUAAGGAACAACAUAUUUAAGGAACAACAUAUUUAAGAAUCAUAACCUGCAAAUAAUGACUCCAAACUGUGAAACUAGUGUAUGUGUGAAACAAUCCUGUUUUAGCGCUGUAUUUACACCAAGUCAUAAGUCACUGAGUUAUAACUUCAGCAACUUGUAAAUUGUCAACCAUGGGCUACCUGCCUUAAUUUUCUCCAAGUUGUGCAUGUGGUGUGCACACUUGACUUGGAUUGCGCUUUCUUCCUUAAAGGAACACUAGAUCAUUGGCGAUGUAGAACACUAUAGCAUUAGGAAUACAUGUUUGUAUUUGGGUUUAGAUUCACGGCCCCCUUAAUGAAAUAUUUAAAAAAGCAUUGUUAACCUUGUUUCAGAUACUCUCUGAAUUGCAGCAGCCUGCUCCCCCUCCCGUGUUGUCUCCUUGUAGUUUGUCCCGUCUUUGUCCUCUUGUCCAAAGUAAUGAGACUAGAGCUAUGCUUAGCUGUGCAAUGUAAACAUUGCUGUAUCUACAAAAUGGCAAUGUUUUACAUUGCAAGAGAAAAACGACAGGGCCAAUGCACCCAGACCACUUUAUUGAGAUGAAAUGUAGUGAACCAGGGUUUACAGAGCAGUUCCACUCCUAAGUGGUGAGUGGUUGAUUAUUUGCCUGCUACUGACACUCUGUCCAAAUGUCAGUAGCACAGAGACCUUUGCAAUUCUAUUUUUUUUUCCGUUUAAUAUUUGGAAAGACUACUUUGUAUCAUGUAUGCGAAAGGAAACUACAUAACGAAUAAUGAUUAAUUUCCAGUUCCCAUGGUUUUGACAUUUUAUAUCUGUUAGCUCUUGUGAUGGCUGGUGGGAAACAGAAUCUUCUUGCACAAAUAGGCCAUCACCUUCUGCUUGCAUGUCUGUAAAGGAUGCUAUGGUCUCAUGUAAAUACACCCACACACAGUGUCAGGGCCACUUUUUUGACUGACAGACGCACGCCCCCAGUGGCACAUGCACUGACAUACUCACUGACAGGUACAGUCAUUGGCACACACACUGUUUAAACAACCCACACUUUCACUGACAGGCACACACUCUCAGAUACACAUACACUCACUGAAAGACACACGGACACAAACUUCCUCACUGAUUUGACACACUCUGACAGGCGCACACACACACGCGCGCUCCAGGACACACACACACACAUUCUCAUUGACAGAGGUGCGCGCUCCCGCUGACAGACGUGCACACACUUUCUCAUACACUCACCGUUGGUGAGCUCCUGGCUGGGCGGACAGACUCCUGGGGCUGCUGGCUUCUGCGGGCUCGGCUGGGUGGGUGCUUAAUAGAGGUGGCAAGGGAACUGAGCUUUUCCUGCUCUGCUCCCUCACACGCCGCUGGGGCCGGCGUGACGUCAUAUUUGGGCUCCCCACCUCCUAGAAGGGCGCACAAGGGAGCAGGAAGAGCUUCAAGGACUGCGCUCCCUCGCCGCCCGUCUACACUGCGAACCAGCCGGCCACCCCUUGCUGCCCCCCAGGUCGUUGGGCAAACAAAGCACUUGUCUGGGCACUUAGGGCGGCGUCCCCCUGAAAGUGCCGCCUAGGCAAAUGCUUUGUUUGCCUCGCGGAAAAUCCUGCCCCCACACCCUCCCUAUUUUAUUUUCCUCCUGUGGGCGGGCUACUUUUAUGUCUGUGACAUGUCCAGAGUUUACCUAGAGUCUACUUUUAUCUCAGGAUCACAGAAUGGGGUGUAGAAUUCUUCCCAACUUGCAUUGAUUUUCAAUAAUACUUGUGGCUCCUAAUUGAUAUUUAAUUGUUAAAAAUGACAUGGAUUAGUUUGGUUUUUAUUAAAAAAGAGACUUUUGGAGUUUUCAGUUCAGUUUUAGAUAGCUCGCAGGUAAGAGCUUUUUACCAGCUGAAAAUUAAGCUUCAAUACUUCAUUUUCCUGCAUUCCAGCUUUUCAGUUCACAGUAAAUCUCCCUGCUGGAAUAUUUCACGUGUAGCCCCCCGUCAUAUAUGUAUAUAAGUUAACUUUAAAACCUUUUAAAAUUGUAUGUAGUUUUUUGAUAUUGACUUUGUGUGUUUGGUUUUUCAAGGAUUAACAUUGCACAUAAUGAUCUACCGUGGGAGUUUAUGGUUGAUCGUGUUCCAACAAUCUUGCUAUUUCCUCAGAAUAGGUAAGUUUGAUUUUAAAAACCAAUUAAUAUUAAUAAUAAAGGAUGAAUACAAUGAAACUGUGCCAGUUACAUAAAGUUCAAGCUAUCCUUCAUUUGUUUGUGACUUCCAAUUUGAUACAGUUUUUAGCUGACUACAUAUUUUAAGGGACAAACAGGGCAACAAUACAGUAAUACAGUUUUAAUGCAUUUUAUAGAUUUUGGUCUCAUUAAUAGUCUGCAUUUGUUUGUAUGCUCAAAUUAUUGCAGUUUUUGUAAACAAAAAUAAAAUGAUUUGGAGAAUGCUGGAAACUUUUUUUUCAUUUUUUUUUUUUUUUCUAUACAACUGUAAAGAUUUGAAAAUGCAAAACAAUUCAGCAUAUUAAUGAAGGCAAACCGUUUUAAAUGCCUUGCAGUAGUAUUGGUGCUGCAGUAUACCUUUUAAUAAUUACUGUGCAAGACUGGAAGAACUUUGCCUGUUUCAGUUUGUAGUAUUUUUUUUUGUAUUGGUUAUUCCUCCUCCUUUUCCUCCUUUGUUCAUUUUCCAUGUGGAACCUGGGUUUAUUCACAUUCUAAUUAAAUGGCAUAUAUAUUUGGUACAGAUGGAUAUGCCUUUGCUGGUUUAUAUAAAUUUUUGUGCCUACAGUAUCAUGUAAUGCUGGCUGUCUCUAGGGUGGAAUUAAAAAAACAUUUUUUUUAGAGGUAUUUGGGGGUACACUUUUUUUUUUUUUAAAUUACAUUUUUUAUUUUUAAUUUUUUUACAUUCAAUGCUAGGGUCCUCGAUACCCCCACAAGAGGAUAUUUUCUCUACAUGAUAUUCAUAGCUGUAAUCAGGACAUAGUGUGUUACUAGGGAACGCAUUUUCAUAGCCAUACCCAACAUCCUUUUUUUUUUUUUUUAAUUCUUUAUUUUAUUUGUGCAUAUUGUACGCAGACAGAUUUGCGCCGCCACAAUAGCUGGUGCGAAUAGUGUUAAACAUACGAGUACAUUGGUGUGGCAUCACGAACUUUGCACAUUUUUUGUAAAACCAGGUUAAUAAGAACUUUUUUACUUGUCUUCAUGGCGGUCAGCUCCCCCCCCAACAUCCUUUUAAAUACACAAAAUACUGGUUAACUUUUAAUGGAAUUUUUUUUACAAAAGGAUCAGCGCUAAAUAAAGUCAGAAAAAACUAAGUAUUCUAUUGUAAGGCAGCACACAUUAAAGUGGAAGAGGUUCCCUCUUAAUACCCCACAGUUUACAGAAAAAUACAUUAAAAAGGGAGUAAGGUGCCGCCAAAUAGAAAUUGGAAUAUACAAAAAUAUUAACAAGGAUAAAAUUCCCAAUAAAACACAUAAAAUACAAAUAAAAGAAUAAAAAAAAAUAGUAAAAAAAAAAAAAAUUAUAAAAGUUUUAAAAGGAACAGCCAAACUGGAUGAAAUUAAACGUUCUUUAAGGUUGGGUUCUUGUCAUUCCAAAGCUACAUGUAAGACAUAAGACAAAAGACUCCAAUGGUACAGUAUAUAGUGAGAUGUGUAUACAGUACUUUAUGGAUUUUAUUCUACUCACAUUUACCAGAGCUAUAUCCAGCUCUGGUGUGUGAAUAGCGUGAAGUGGAAUGAUCCCCACUUCUGGGAUAUGUGUGGUAGAUAGUUUCUCCAGAUAUUUCCAAUGUUAACAAUUCCGGACCGAGAAAGUAGAAAAUAGAAAAUAUAGUGCUCACUGUAUCAAAUAAUUUUAAAACCAUUUUCUGUAGAGUAGAUGUUCACAUUUCUUUGAGCAGGCUUACUGCAUGAUGAAUAGGGCGCUGGUGGUAUAUUCCCUAGCUAGGAUUCUUUAGUCCUCGCUUGAGAUGGUAAAAUCAGGAUGCCAGGUAUAGAGGGUAUAAAAAGAUUUCUUUAUUGGUACAAAAAAGAUAAAAUAUAUAUCUACAACGCGUUUCACCUUGCAAGGCUUUAUCAAGUAGAUAAAAUAAUCAACCUGGCAUCUCUUGGUUUAUAUAGGGGACUAAUUAACUUUUAAUGCCUGCACUCACAAGAAGUCCUGUGAUACAUAGGGAUUGGAUGUCCCAUCUUUUUCUGCAAUUUGCAAACCAAGAUGGCCAUUUUCUCAUCCUCACUGGGCAACGCACUAAUUAUCUGAUCACUAUACUGAAUCUAUAUGCUUCCAAUGGUGGCCAACCUGUUUUUUUUUAAUGAAAAAUAUUUCUGUAAACUUGCGUUAGGUUAUCAAUUGUACAGAUGUUCACGGUGUCCUAUGUCAUGGGUAUGUUACCUUCGCCACUCCAGAUGUUCUGGCCUACGUCUCCCAGAAUGUUCUUACAACCAUAAUGAUCGCAAAGCAUUAUGGGAGAUUUAGUUAACAUCUGAGUUCCGAAGGUUGUCUACCUUUGCCCUACAUCCUCUAUUGGACAAUUUUUUAACCACCAGAUUUGAAGCCUCAGAAAGGACAGUAAGUUUAAAGGAACACUAUAGCGUAAGGAAUACAAAUGUGUAUUUCUAAGGCUUUAGUGCCCUGUUGGCUGUUAGGGUCCCUGGCCCCCACCUGCAGGGAAUAAAAAAUAUAUUUUAUUUACCUUUGCUCUUUUGCAGCGCCAGUAUCAGCAGGGAAGCUACAACUCCUUGGCUAGGAUCAUCGAGAUUGAUGAUCUCAGACCCAUACUGAAAUAAUAAAAAAUGCGCCUAAAAGAGGAGAUAUGGUUAUUAUGAAUACUGUAAAAUACCAAAAAGAAGCCUUACAACAUUUGAAUUGUAUCAUUUUACAAAGACUUAAAUACAAACCCAACAUGAAUUUAUGAAGGCAUUGAAUUGCCUGUUUGAAUAUGGGUCAUUCUGGGGGAUCAUUGGUGACACUGAAAUGGAUUAUACCUUUAAUACAUAUCCCAUUACAUCAACUUUUUUAUUUUCCUCCAAAAGCCUUAAAGGGACACUAUAGUCACCAGAACAACUACAGCUUAAUGUAGUUGUUCUGGUGAGUAUGAUCAUUGCCUUCAGGCAUUUUAAUGCAAACACUGCCUUUACAGAGAAAAGGCAGUGUUUACAUUGUCCCUAGGGACACCUCCAAGUGUCCACUCCUUAGAUGACAACUGGAGUUGCUUCCUGACUCAGUGCUGCACAUUAGGCAGCACUGCUGUUCAGCAUCUCAACGCUCAUAGAGCAUCUUUAUGAGGAGAUGCUGAUUGGCCAAAACAGUGUUUGGCCCUGCCGCCUUACAAUUUGUAGCUAAAAAUAUGCAAUUAUGAUGUCGCCAAGGGGGGGGCCCGCGCCAGCGGACCCGUGUAGCUGAAAAUAAGGAGUUUUAACCCAUUCUGACGGGGCUAAGGGGGAGGAGGGCAAGCCACCUAAAUGGUGGGUCUUGCACUAAAGGGUCGGGAAUACAUGUUUGAGUUCCUGACCCUAUAGUGUUCCUUUAAGUUUAGAUUUCAAUGUUUUUGUUCUCCUUGCGUUAUUUUGUCUCUCUCACAUUUUUAUCUGUUAAAUAAUCUUGGCAAUCUUGAUAAAAGAUUGCUUGAUAAUACAGGAAUGUGUAAAUGUCGUCAUAGAAUUUACAAUUGUUUAUCUGUGGAAAGUGAGUGUAAAUCUCACAGUACAGGCAGAGUUUAGAAAACUAUUUACAAUGCUGUAGUAAGAACAUGAUUUAGUUGUUUUUCUACAAAAUUGUUUGAUAUACAGUAUGUAGGGUGGACAGUGAGAUUCGAGGGAGAGGAUAAGGGAACACUUGUUGGAUGUGGAAAAAAGGAAGAAACACUCCAGUAGGUACCCACUUUGAGGAAUGUAAUGACUGUAAUUUGUGGAAGGGAGGGUUUUUUUUUUUUAAAAGCAAUUGUGGAUGGAAUUUCUUUCUGGGAUUGUCUCGCCUAAACACGAUGUGUCUUGUAGCUGUUUUAUACAACUUUGAAGAGCCAUUCAGGUCGCUUUGAGUUCUCUGUAAUUUUACUUCCGGGCAUCCUGAAGUACUGUUGUCUUUUUGUCACAUGUUACUCCAGAUGGGCUCCCCAACCGAAUAUUGAGGCAAUAAGGUAAUCCUUCAUUUUGGGAUGACAUCCACCAAUAGAGGCUUCUUAUGGUGGAUGUCCAAAUUUUCAUCAAUUAGUCAAGGGAAGAAGUUCUUCUGUCCCAUUCUGCCAGAAUAUUUCUCUUUAAAAGCCUCAUUGUUACCUUGGACUUGCUGAUGGCCAGAAUUGUAAUUGUAAGGAGGCCCAACAGCCUCGUUGUGUGUCUUAAGUUAUAGGCCUUUUUUGUUGGUAGAACCAAAAUGGACCUGAAGAUUUUUUUUUUUUUUAAAGCAAUACCUUCACGUAAACUGAGUUUACGAUGAGAACCAAAAACCUCAUGGGCACCAAUUCUGUUUUUCCUCUAUUUAAAAUUCAUCUGCGCUUAGGCAUACAUAGGCUGUCUUUUAAGAGAUGUUGUUUUGAGGAUGCUAUUAGAAGCCAGUCAUCUACAUAUGGGUAGGAUAGCUGUUAUGACUACCAAAAUCUUGGUAAAUACCCAAGGGGCUAAGGAUAUACCAAACCGCAGGGCCCUGAAUUGGUAAUGCUGAAAUUAUUCUUCCCAUUUGAUGCAGAAUCUGAGGAACUCUUUGCUUUUCUUUGCAAUAGCAAUAUGUAGAUAUGCAUAUUUAAGGCCUAGAGAUCUUAGCCAAGCCCCUUCUUGAAUGUAUGUUGCUGAUUGCAUGGAAUAUGGAAUUUUUUUCAUCACAAUGAACUGAUUGACCGGUCUGGCUCUUGAACUAGAAAAUGCCCCGAGAAGGUUCAUGAAAACUUUUCUGCGGGAGGCAGUUAUUAUAGUACAUUUUUCUUUAACAGAGUUUGCACUCUUAUAAUAGUAAGGACCCAGUUGUUUGUUGUUGCUUCCUCCCACUGGGAAGAGAAUGCAAGAAGUCUUCCUCCUACAGCUCUGGCGUUAAAAUCUGCAAUCCUGAACAUUCUUUUCUUUGUUUCUAUAAUCAAACUGGUCUCUCUGCUUUUGUAGGCCCACAUCAAGAAGAAACAAAUCUCUGUAGGGAGACUUGUUUCUAUAGAAGAAUGUAUUUUUCCACUUUUCCUUUUUUUUUUUGGUUUUCAGGCAAGGCCUUUCUCUUCUGACAUCUGUUUUAAGAGAUCAUCCAGGUAAGACCCAAAGAGUUUACCCUGUUCAAAAGGUAGAUCACAAAGGGGAUGCUUUAAAGCAAAGUCCACCAACCAGUUUCUGAGCCAAACUGCAUUUCUAGCCACAGUGGGGAGGUUUAUAGCUUUGGAUGCCAGUUUUAGAACUUCAAACAUCAAAUUGGAAAGGAAGCCAUUGUAAUGUUUUUUUGUAGAAUCUUUAACGGGUCUUCUUUUGAUUGGUUUUCUUGGUAAUCUAGUCAGAUACAUUGGGCCUUGGCUACCAAUGCUCAUGCAAUAAGGCCUUUACGUUGAGCUGCAUUUGUAGAAAACCGCUUAUGUAACAAGGAUUCUGCUUUUAUCCAUUGUGUUUUGAAGUUUACUAGAAUCUCCUACAGGUAGGGUUUGCUUUCCCGACUGAGGUACAUCCACUUUAGGAAGCCCUUCCAAUUUUUUUCGGUUACUUCUUUGAUGGCAAAUAUAGUCUUAAAGUGCUUUGAAAUAAUGGCUUUUUAAGAAGGAUAUUUCCAUUCCCUCAGCAUCAGAUCCCUUAAAUUAAGAUGGAAUAAAAAUGACUUAAGCUUUUUAUGUUUGUUUGAGUCCUCCUCGUUUUCCAUCCGAACUUUGCACUUCUUUAAUAAGUUUGUACAGGCUUUCUAUUGGGAAAUAGUUAUGUUGGCCAGCGAAGAUUGCUGAGUCUUCAGAAGAAUAGUCAGUGGACUAAAAGUCAGAACUAGAAUCUAUCACAUCCCAGUGUUUCCCUUCCUGCUUUUAGGAGCAUAAUUUGUUGCCAGCUCAUGAGAAAGAGCUGAUUUGAACGGCAGCCACUCUAAUAUCCAAAAAGAAAGGUUUGCUGCAACCUAUUUUGGAACAAUGAUAAAAAGAGGACAUCUGUUGUUGUAGCUUCAUCGGAGGCUUUUUUUGGAACAAAUGUUCUUGGAUCUGUUUGGCAUAGACUAACUAACUAAGUGGGACAAAUCAAAUGCUUUUGAUUUUGCCACAAAUACUACAAAAAAAGAGCAAAAAAAAAAAUAAUAAUAAAAUAUAUAUAUAUAUAUAAUAUAAAAAUCCAACAAGUAGCUGCACUCACGGUAAAUAAAAAAACAAAAUUUAUUAGAAAUGAGUUAAAACAUCAAUGACCAACGUUUCAGAACGACAAGGACUUUCCUCAGGAUCAAAAAAGAUGAGAAUUUUUUUUUUUUUUUUCAUCUUUUUUGAUCCUGAGGAAAGUCCUUGUCGGACUGAAACGUUGGUCAUUGAUGAUUUAACUCAUUUCUAAUAAAUUUUGUUUUUUUAUUUACCGUGAGUGCAGCUACUUGUUGGAUUUUUGUAUGGACGGCCAUAAUUUGCUAGCACCCAGGCUACAAGGGUAAUUGGAGCGUGAGUGCAGGAGCUCUUGGUAUUUUUUUAUAUAUAUAUAUAUAUAUAUAUAUAUAUAUAUAUAUAUAUAUAUAUAUAAAAAAUUAAACUGGGGGGGGGGGGGAGAGAACACAACAAAUGUCUUAAUAGCCAUUGAGUAUGCUGGAAGGCUGGUGAGGGCUCACUGCAACAGAACUAAAAGUACCUGGAAAACAGGUAGUUGCAGCUGGGAAUUUAUAUCCUCCAAAACCCUGGAAAAUUUGAAAUUGGCACCUGAAAUUCAGAGCUUGAUUUGCGUGGCACAAUCUAGGUGCCAACUAGACUUUCCUGUCAAAACAUAGUAUAACCCUGUUGUGCACAGUCUAUAAUCUGGAGGGGAAAGAUCAUUUAAUUUUAACUUCAUUAAUUUCAUUUAAUUAUAACUUAGCACAUUGAAAGAGAUAAAGGAAACCUGAAAACGGUCACUACUGACCAUAGCUUUUUUUUUUUUAAUACACAUUAGCAGGUGAUGGUAUACAGGUAGCAUUGCUGUCAGUUUUGGUGACCAUCUUCUAGCUCUGUGUUCCAUGUUGACACUUUCACCAGUUCGCCUUCAAUACUAGCUUUUGUGCAGAAGUUUAUGGGAAAUAAUGCUAUCAUUGAAAUCCACACGUUUAAGCAAGUUCGGGACCAAUGCUAAUAGGCUCCAGAGGGCAUCAAGACCUAGAUAUUCUCAUUCAUAUUUAUUUUCCUUGAGAUAUGGGACAAAUUAGGCCAUUUUCCAAGUGUGACAUUCCCAUAGUUUUUGCAAAACCCAGGUGGUAGCUAGAACUUGCAAAUUGUGGCAUAAAAGUUUAAAGAAGACACAAUUGGUUUACAUAGAGCAUAUUUUAGAAUCCUAAAUUUAUAUGUCCUGAGGUGUCAAAUCCAAUGGGAAACCAUUGGAUUGGCUAAAAACUGCAGUUUUGAUGUCCCCAAGGGGACGGGGCCAGCGCCAGCAGACCUAUGGAGAGCUGAAAAUAAGGUGAGUUUUAACCCGUUCUGAAGAUUUUUUUUUUAAUUUUUUUUUUGCUGCCAUGAAUUCACUGGUGAUCACAAGUAUUAGUUGACCUUUAAUACACAAAAUUAAAACGGUGCCCGGUACUCAACUGUCAAAUAACUUGACUUAUCAGAAAAUAGGAUCAUCAAAUACAGUUUUUUUUUUUUUUUUAUUUAAAGUCUCUGUUGUAAGAAAUGUGUAAAUUGUUUCUAAUCAAAAUAUACCUUCUAUUGUAUUCAUGCUGAAUCUGGUAUUGCACAAAUAAGGAAAAUAACCUGUUUUCCACUACAACAUUUGCCAACCCUUGAUGUGAUGGUGGGUAUAUUUUUAAACAAUUAAGGAAGUGGGCAGUGAAGUUCUGCUUGAAUAACCAGGAUUGUGAUUUAAAAAAAAAAAGUGCUUUAUAUAGCAUUUCUAAAAAUGAAAGCAGGAAGGUUUAUUUGCUUCAGUAGUUUCCAAACAUACACAUGUGCUGUUUUUAUAAAGAUGUUUUUUGAUUUGUUUCUGUCCACUCUAAUUUACUUACCAAUUGAACAAGUAGAAGGCUCUGGUGCUAAUAAAUCCUGUGUAUAAUUUGAGCUGCGCACUUACCCACACCUCACUCAGGAAAUGUUCCAAUAGAUCUAAAUUUGUAAUGUCACCAUUUAUGUGUACAUCACUGCAAUAAAUGCCACAUCUUUCAAUCAUUUCACAAUAAAUGAGUGAGGGAAAGAUAUCGGUGCCCAAAAAAAUAUUAUAAGAACAUCUAAAUGUUACAUAUACAUUUUAUUUAAUUUUUUUGCACCGAUCCCUCACUCAUUUAUCGUUGGUUGUUUUGGACGUUUUCAUAAAUCUUUGCGGAUUGUUUUUGUGGGUGUAUUUGUGUAAAUGUACACUGUUAGAUUUGUAGUAGUUUCUCCUACUUCUAAACCAUACUUUUGUUUCUAGGAAAGACCAAAGUGUAAAGUAUCCAGAUGAUAAACAGAUUACUCUUUCAAAUCUCUUGAAAUUCAUUUUACAUCAUGCCACGCUGCCUUCUACAACAAGUUGUACACCUUCAUCUUGUCCCGAACACUACCUGCAGUAUAAAGACGAUCACAUUUCCUAUUUGGAAAGGGAGAUCCUUCGACUUAGGACAGAAAUCGAGGUUCUGCACAAGGCCCAACAUCAGCUGGCAGGACAGAUUUCAGAGGCGAAAAGGGAUGUGCGUAUGUUGAAAGAGCAGAAACACAGACUGGAACAACACAACAAUGCCCUGGAGAUUCAUAAAGGACAAUUACAAGCUCUCUAUGAACAAAAAACAAGGGAAGUUGGAACACUGGCUGAUAAACUGAAGGAGCUUGCAAUUGCUUCAGAAAGGCUUCUCUCUGAGAAUGCUCUGCUCAAGAUCCUUAUGGCAUCACUGGAGGCAAAAGGCAAAUUAAAUCCAGUACCUGAGGAAGAGGGUGGUAGCUUAGCCUUGGACGAUGGAAGUAGGCCUGUUCUGGAAAAGAAAUGCUGUUACUAAAGAAAGAUCUGGAAUCUCAAACAGCACUUUGAUGCUUGGGGGGGGAAAAAAGCCAUCGAAAGAAGAGCAGAUUAAGUUUUUGGUUUUAGAAAUUUGGAAAUUAGAUUUAUAUCUAAUUUUUUUUUUUUUUCUGUAACUAGUUUUGUUUUUUUUUCUUCAUUUUAAAAAAAAAAUAGAUUAUUGCAAUAAAAUGUUUAUGUUCAAUUUCUAUUCUGAUUUAGAGGAGAGAUUUAAACUGGCUUACUUGGUCUACUGGUCCUGGGUGCAAAGUUCCCACAUUUCUUUGCAUGGACUUUUCACCUGGUGCUAUGAAACUACACAAUCUACUAAUUUCAGGCUUCCUCUUAAUAAUCUUCCUUUUAUUAGAAGCGUGGGUCGGUGGUGCUGAGCAAAAUUGCCCUGGAGGAUCUGCUGUAUGUAAUGUUUUGUAACAUUCUAGGUUGUUUAAAUGUAAUGUGGCAUACAUUGUAUGUUUAAUUUAUUAACUGGGCAAAUAAUGGUGUUAGAAAUAAAACUUGUGUUGAAAGUUUGAUUUUAUUUAAAUUACAACAUUACUGAUGCUUUAUUUUUCACCCCUCUGCUCCUUUAAUAUCAACUGUUUCAGGUAUGCUUUCUGCUGACAGCGAGUAUUUUAUUCCAUUGAUAAAAGUAAACUAUAUUUUAUAAAAUUUGUAAAUUUGUCUGAUAUAAUGGGAAAGGAUUUCUUCUAUUUUUUGUGUGCAGGUCUUUAGAGAAAGGAGAUACGUGUUGUUUAAGGUUUCACAUAUUACAGUUCAUGAAUCCACUGGAAAGUCCAGAGAAAUCGAUGAUCUGACUAUACUGAAAAAUAAAUGAAAAGAUCUCUAAUUCUCAAAAUGUACUUUUAUCCCACUUAUCAAAUCUCCAGUUAAAUAACACCUGCUCAUUAAACUUAAUAUCAUUUGGAAGUAACAUUCUUAAAAACACGUUCUUUUUCCUAAUAAUGUUCCUUUUUAGAAAAGGAAAAUAAUUAUUUCAAGGUUAACAAGUAUUUAGUUGGG